GAUGGCUUCCUACCUACGUUCCUGCUUGUCAUUGGCUGCGGCUGACUGUCAGUCUGUGAGUCUGUCGGCAAGAUGGCGCUGCGAGCUCUGGUCGGUGUCAAGCGGGUCAUUGACUAUGCAGUGAAGGUGAGACCAGUGUGAGAGACCCGGGGGUGAAGGGGCAGGGAGUGAGGGGGCAGGCAGGGGGUGAGGGCAGGUGGAGGCAGGGGGGGUGAAGGGGCAGGCAGGGGGUGAGGGGCAGGCAGGGGGGUGAGGGCAGGGGUGAGGGGGCAGGCAGGGGUGAGGGGGCAGGUGGGGGCAGGCAGGGAGUGAGGGGGCAGGGGUGAAAGGGGCAGGCAGGGGUGAGGGCAGGCAGGGGGAGUGAGGGGGCAGGGGGUGAAGGGGCAGGCAGGGGGUGAGGGCAGGUGGGGCAGGCAGGAGUGAGGGGGGGCAGGUGGGGGCAGGGAGUGAGGGGGGCAGGCAGGGGGUGGGGGCAGGUGGGGGCAGGCAGGGCUAGCACUGAGCAUAGUGUAUAAUAAUAAUAAUAAUAAUACUAUAAUUACAGAGCCAGCACUGAGCAUGGUGUAUAAUAAUACUGAGCAUAGUGUAUUAUAAUAAUAAUAAUAAUAAUUACAGAGCCAGCACUGAGCAUGGUGUAUAAUAAUAUAAUAAUUACAGAGCCAGCACUGAGCAUGGUGUAUAAUACUGAGCAUAGUGUAUAAUAAUAAUAAUAAUAAUAAUACUAUAAUUACAGAGCCAGCACUGAGCAUGGUGUAUAAUAAUACUGAGCAUAGUGUAUUAUAAUAAUAAUAAUAAUAAUUACAGAGCCAGCACUGAGCAUGGUGUAUAAUAAUAUAAUAAUUACAGAGCCAGCACUGAGCAUGGUGUAUAAUACUGAGCAUAGUGUAUAAUAAUAAUAAUAAUAAUUAUUAUUAUUAUUAUUAUUAUUAUUAUUAUUAUUAUUACAGAGCCAGGCACUGGGCAUAGUGUUUAAUAACAUAACAUAAUAAUAAUUAUUACAGAGCCAGUACUGUUACCCCCUGAAAAAUUAGCAUUUAUUAAAGAUAGACUCUAAGAAAUACUCAUUAUGAUAAUUUAACUGAAAUUCCAACCCAGUCAAUAAAUAUGUAAACACAAAAUAGUGACUACUUUGUCUCUGUAUUUCUUCUCCUCCUGACUUUCGUAGACACGAGAUGGAAUCUAAGUGUCAAGCUCUGCAGCCGUCAUCAGUGACCUCUGCAGGGAAUGGGCUGUGUCUAUGGAUGGUCUUGCAGGAUCGUCCUUAGACCUCCAUGACUGCACCGAAGAGGGACCCCAGUUAUGACGGCUGGAAGAAGACCCCACCGGACCGAGAUGGUGGCACCCACAAGGGGCAGAUUCAGGAAACUCGCCUUUCCGUGCCUCCCCCGGACCACCAGCGGCAAUGUCACCGUCGGGGGACUCUGCAAAUUUGACAAAGUCCCUAGAUGGUGACAUUGCUGUUUUAAUCCUUGUUCUAUAAACAAUGUAGGGGAAGCUGCAGAUGUAUAUAUUUUAUUACAGACCUGCAGUAGGCACCUUUUUUAUCUGGACUAACCAAAAGCUGUACAGUUGAGGGUUUUACUAUUAUUAUUUACAAUAUUAUAAAAGGGGAAAAUCUAAUAAUAAAUGAGACAAUUACAAAAUGUUACUGGAAUAAUAGGUUGAUGAGGACACUGCUCAAAGGAGCUUACAGUCUUAAGGUGUGGUAUAAAAGCAUCUUAAAGUUGAGGGAUUUCUUGAAGGGACACUCCAGUGCCAGGAAAACAAAUUGUUUUCCUGGCACUGCAGAUCACCUCUCCCUCCCACCCCCCAUCCCAUGUUGCUGAAGGGGUGAAAACCCCUUCAGUGACUUACCUGAGACCACCGCCGAUGUCCCUCGGUGGUGGUUUAGGGUCCGCCCACGGUCCUCCCCCGCCGACGUCAGCCGGCGGGGGAGACCGAUUGCGCGUGUGCGGCCGCCGGUGGAAUGAGACCUAGUGCGCGGCAAUGGCGCGCACGCGCAUUAAACCUCCCUGUAGGAAAGCAGUGCUUUCCUAUGGGGAUUUUAGCGACACUGGAGGUCCUCACAUAGUGUGAGGACGUCCAGCGAUGCUAUACACCAGGAAGUGCCCUCUAGUAGCUGUCUAGUAGACAGCCACUAGAGGAGGAGUUAACCCUGCAAUGUAAAUAUUGCAGUUUAUGAAAAUUGCAAUACUUACACUUGCAGGGUUAAGGGUAGUUGGAGUUGGCACCCAGACCACUCCAGUGGGCAGAAGUGGUCUGGGUGCCUGGAAGACAAUGGGAGAGUCUGAUUGGGGUAGGCAUGCUGUUCUAGAGGAAAGAAGCUGCCUGAGAGAAGUCUCGCAAGCACAAGUUAAUUAUUAUUAUUAUUAUUAUUAUUAUUAUUAUUAUUAUUAUUAUUAUUAUUGCUAUUUAUAUAGCGCCAACAGAUUCUGUAGCGCUUUACAAUAUUAAAAGAGGGGGGAUUUGAACAAUUACAAGAAAACUUACAGGAAUGAUAGGUUGAAGAGGACACUGUUCAAACUAGCUUACAUUCUAUAGGAGGUGGGGUGUAAAACACAAUAGGACAGGAAUCAAAUAAGGUGAGAGUGAGGCAGAGCUGGAGGAAAGAGUAGAGUUCUGCCAUUUAGGAGAGAGCAAGAGACAGGUAUGUGAGGUAGAGGCUACUCUGGGAGGCCAUAAGCUUUCCUAAAGAGAUGGGUUUUAAGGCACUUAAAUGAUAGAAGACUAGGGGAGAGUCUGAUGGCAGUAGGUAGGCUAAUCCAUAGGAAGGGAGCCACCCGCAAGAAGUCCUGCAAGCGUUGGCCGUACGGGUACGAGCAGCGGACAGGAGAAGGUCACGGGCAGCAUUCAUUACAGACUGUAGUGGGGCAAUACUGCUUUUGGGAAGACCAGUUAGGAGAGGGUUAGAAUAAUCCAUGCAGGAAAUUACUAAAGCAUGUACAAGCUCUUUAGUAGCAUAGAAAGGGGCGGAUGCGGACUAUGUUUUUAGAGAAGGGGCGUAAAUACAAAUCCGUGAAGAAAUAUCACAGGGACAGAGUUGUUUAGAGCUUUUAGAGGUAAGGAUUAGUACUGUAUUUUUAAUUGACUCCUAUAGGGUACAGGAAGCCAGUGUAAGGAUUGACAGAGGGAUGAGGUGUGAGAAAAAUCAACCUAUAUCCUAAAAUGUGCAUAUAGCAGGUUAAAAUGUUUCAUUACAAAGUCUUGCAAUGGGCAAAUUGUAUAACAAAAUGUACAUGCACUUCAUUAAAUGUUAUUUAAAGGAACACUGUAACGCUAGUCACCAAGAGCUUAAGAUGGAGAAUUCAAAUGGGUAUCUGAAUGACUCCUAUAUUUAAAGUCAUCCUGUGCCUAUUGUGGGUGCAGGGUGUGUGUGUAAUGCAUUGUUUGGGAUUAAAUGUUAGUGUGCUCUCCUGUCUUCCUAAUGCUUGCAAUCAGCUAUUUGGGUUUGGCUGUGGAGCCUUUACAGCGCCACUUUUUGGUUGCUAGGAUCUAGCAACAGCGAUUGGGUCUUCCCCACCCCUUUGUCAUUGUGUUAUAAUAACUUGCUGUAUGUUGUCUGCUAUGAUUUGACUGUUUGUAUUUUUGAGUUGUCACAGCAAUCUUUAUGUAAUUAUCAUAUGGGCUAGUCCCAAGUAAAAAUAAAGCUUUGGAUGCUAGUUCCUUUUGGACGUUUUUGCUGGUCGUAGUAUCCCUCUAGCCCUGGGAUAAAGCAGGAGAGCUAGGCCUGAGAGCCGCAAGUGUCUUUUAAAGACGAGCUAUAACAUUGCAGGCGGAUGUGGAUACCUGUCUGGAAGCAGGGUUGCAGUGUAUGAGGCAGAGGGGACGAUACCUGCCUGGAAGGAGAGCUGCAGCCUGGUCUGCUGGAAAAGCUCCAGAGGGACCCCGGUCAAGCUUUGGCGACUGGGACUGAAGCGUUCCAGGGUUUUUGGUGCAUAGUGUGCACCUUUUAAGACACAUAUUUUGCAUAUAUUUUGAGGUGUACAUUGUAUCCACACCUGCUUGUUACUUUUCAGCCUCCCCUGUUCUGUAAGAUCUACUGGUACAAAACAUUUUACGAGGUCUGCGGUUUUAAUACAGUCAUUCUUUCAUAUACAUACCAGGAUUACAGGACACAGACUACUCUGCAAUCACCAUUUUUAAGAAAUGAUCAUAUUUUGAUACAUACAUUCUAUUUUGUGGUAGUACACAUAUGUUAUGGCUUAACCCUAAAAUAGCAAAGUUCAGUAGGUUUACAGUCAAUAUAUUGCACUUGUAUUAAAAUACAUACAACAGGGUUAAGGGUUUUAUUAUGCAACCAUGCAAAUGACCUCUUUCAGAAGCUGAGUAUUCUGAUCUGAAUAUACUGUAGGGCUACAUAAACAACUUUGCAGUUGUGAUCUCUCAGCUGGAUUAUGAUCCAUGCAUACUGCAGUGUACCAGCCAAGAACAAUACAAGGAAAAUGCAAUUUUGAAAAUAUCAUAUGAUGGUGCAUACAUUAUUUCUGAUGCAAGAGUCACUUUAACACAUAUCAGUAUUUGUAGAUGGCUCAGUAAUUUGGUACUCUUAUGUAGGAUUGUCAUUUAAAGGGACACUAAAAGUAUCAGCUCAUUGAAGUGGUCUGGGUGCAGUGUCCCAUGUUCCUUAACUCUGCAAAGGUAAUUUAUUGCAGUUUUUAAGAAACUGCAAUAAUUACCUUUCAGGGUUUACUCCACCACUAAGAGACAUUUGGUCGCUAUGCAUGCGGAUUUCCAGCAUCACUCAAAUCCCUAUAGGAAAGCAAUAUAUAUAAUGCUUUCCUUUGGGAAAAUCCUAAUGCAAGCGCCGCACAUGCGCAUUAGAUCUCCCUUGCUAAUUGACGCCGGCAGGAGUGACGUGAAGGCGGACCAUUGCCAGCACUGAGGAUUAUCGGCGCAGAUUUUUAACCCCUUCUGCUCCAUGGGGAAUUGAUUUAUCAGGAUUCUGUUUAGGUUUUUGCAUGUGCGCAUAAGUGACUUUUUGGGUGUUAUUUGCACUUGUGAAUAUUCUUUGUGCCACUUUUUUCCUUUUUUUUUUUUUUUGAAUUUUAUUCUUAAAUAUGUCAAUCCCAUCUAGGGGUACCAGUUUAGGGUAUUACUUAGCAGCUCACAAUUAAUAAAUGCCGCUCUCUUUUGUGCUUUCAGCUGUUUAGUAGAGAACUCCCUGAUUUGGUACCCCUUAUGUGGGCAGCUCUAUUGAAACAUACUAAACUAAACUUGGGAUCUAUCUACUAAACACAUGCAAUCUCAUGCACACAUACAGACCUCUACAUACUUAUAUGCACACACAAUUUUUAUUAGGUUUUUUUCCACCUACCUUUGUCUGGGACAGCUUGAGUGGAUCAUCUGUCUCACUGUUCUCUUCCUGCACAGCUCCAUCGGCUCCUUGUAGUGAUCUGGGGCCAUUGGUAUCAUAUUCCAGCUCCAGCAUCAUUGCAGGACAUGGAGCUGUGCAGGAAGAGCAGCGUAAGAGCCUAGCUCCUUCACCACGGCCUCAAACCAUUUGGGUGCAGUAGGCAAAUGCCCGGCAAGUGCUUACUCUGCCUAGCAAGACCCCCAAAAGCAUCAGGGAAGAGGUAACCCCCUGGACCACUUCAGGGUCGUGCCGGCCCAACUUGGAGCUGAAUGCCCCAUAUAUUUUUUUGUUCAUGGGCAUUUGUGUGCCUGAAGUUGUAUGGUGGGGGCAUUAUAUGGCCUGCACGACUGUAUAUUGCCGACUUCUGCUGUUAACUAUUGCCGGUGCCUAGUGCUCUCUAACUCUGGUGGCUUCUACCUCUGAAAGGACACAAGGUGGUGCUAAUUGCAGUACAAGAUAAUGGGGAGUAAUGAACCUCUGAGAUGCAUGCACCGAUAUUGCUUUAUUUGAAAGAAAAAAUAAAAUAAUUUAGGGCCAAUAAUCUGUGGCCUUUCAGGCUGACAACCUAUACCAAUAUUCUGUACAUUUACAGUUUUGAAAAAAGAAACACAAAUCAGCCAGUAACAGAACAUUUUUAUUUGUUAUAUUAUUAAAUGGACACUGUAGACACUGUCUGCUUUAUCUCAUUAAACUGGUUAUAGUGUCUGGAGAUCCCUGGUACCAUCAUUUUAUUCUGCAUUAAAUUGUUUUUAAUGUUUUCAUGCUGAAUGCGAGUCGCUGGCAGCCUUCUGUGCUGCUUUGGCAAAUGAGGAAGUAUUGGCCUGAGCAAUGUGCAUCUGAGAGUCUCAGCUGACUGCUUUUAGCCAAUCAGAGCUCCAACUGACGACAUGAAUGGGUAAGACCAUAGACAUAGAAUACAUAGAUGCCGCAGCGGCGAGAAAUGCGGGAGACAUCUUGGACCUGGCGCCGCUCUACUCAAGCUAUUGAAGAACACUUGGAAAGUCCAUCUCACAAAAGGUAAGUGAAGGACUUGGGGCACUUUUAGACCUUAAUACUCCUACCCCUGCACACAUAGUCAUUAAUACCCCUGCACAUAGUCCUUAAUACCCCUAUCCCAGCACACAUAGUGUUAAUGCCCCUACCCCUGCACACUAUGGGUAUUAACACUGUGCGCAAGGGUAGGGGUAUUAAGGACUAUAAGUGCCCCAACUCCUUCACUUACCUUUUGUGAGACUUUCCAAGUGUUUUUCAAUAGCUUGAGUAGAGCGGCGCCCUGUCCAAGAUGGCGCCCGCAUUUCUCGCCGCUCAGCACGUAAUGCGGCGUCUACGUAUUCUAUGUCUAUGGGUAAGGCUACCAGGAAGCCAGAAGGGGCCAUACUGUGGGUAGCCAGGGACCCUUAUUAAGUGUUAAAUGGCUCAAACAUUGUUUAGCACUGAAUGGAGGGACAGUGCCUGCGAACUAUAGGCACUAUAACAAUUCAAAGAGAUUAAAUGGUUAUAGUAACUACAGUGUCCCUUUAAAUCAUUCUUUUUUAUUGGUAUGAAGUAAUUGGCAUCUGUCAGCCAGUCCUUUGACCAUCCCAUUAUGUUCACUGAAAUUGCAUUAGUAUCUCCCAUAUUUAUUUUUUAUUUUUUUAAAGUAGUUUAACAAUUGACCACCGUGUCAAUUGUUAUAUUUAUAAUUAUUAUUAUUUUUAUUUUUAUUUUUUUUAAACAAUGCAAAAUAUUCAACAAAAAGGUACCUACAUGCUGCUGUCAACUCAAGCCCCUGUUGCUUUAUCAGGGGUACAAUAAAAUGCAAAAUACAUGAAAAAUUAGGAUACACUGUGUGCACAAAGUGCUACAAUAUUGAUUUAUUAUGACAUGCAAAGGUGUAAAAAGGGUUUCAACCGUUCAUCAGUGCAAAUGUGCAUUUGAAGUAUGUAUGUCCAUAAUAUGAGGCUAUCCUUAAAGAGUUACCUGGUAUUCUGAUAACAUUGCUCAACUAUAACUGCUUGUAUUGAUUGCCUCGGGUUCUUUGGUGUACUAAUAAACAAGUACAGCAAUAUAUACAAAGAAUAUGGCCCUAUCUGUUCUUCAUUGAUUGAUUUCUCUUCGGUGUUUAUCGGUGUUUAGCGAUCAGGUGAGAGAUUUGUUGCCUAGCACCACUAGGAGAUAGUGCACUGAUGGGUUUAUGCAAUAAACAGUGAGAAAACAAAUACAGCAUUUAGAGAGAGGGGGGAAAAGCCUUGUUAGCAAAGGUUUGCAAUUGUCUUUUCAACUUGCUUAGUAAAUAUACAGAUAUCAGCCCUAAUAUGUUUGUCAAUUCAAUAAUUAGCUUUUAGUGGAAGCAAUAAGGAAUCCCGUGAAGAGACAUUAAAAAUAAAUAUAAAAAAUCCAUUUUAAAUCCAUUGUGUACUCAGAUUGCAUUGUUGAUGUCAGCUAAUCCGAAUACAGAUAGUGAUCAUCAAAACCACAACAGCCCACUGCCACCUUACCUGGGUGCCCCCCCUGCUUCCCGGUGGUCCAAGCUGGAAGCCUUGUCCAUCAGCAUUCAUUGGCUGAGAACUAGUCUAUGCACAACCUGUGCCAACAGAAAAUGUUUUCUAUAAUUGGCAUUAGAGGCUUUAUAGAGUCCUGCAGCCACUAAAUGAGUAGUGGAGAUUUACUAAGGCAGAAUAGGUGCAAAUUGUAUUCUGUUGGUUUCCAUCGUGAUUGCUUCCUAUGUAGACAUUUGCCCAAGAAUAGCACCUAUUUUGCGUUGAUAAAUCUCCCUUCUGUUAUCUUAGAACACUUAUUUUUAAUGUUAGAUCAGCACUCAAAGUUAGGGCUCCAUUCUGUAACACUGAUCCUCAGUGGUUGGAACAGACCUGUCUUUUGCUUGGUGCAUGGCAGCUGCUAACCAUUAUUUACCGUAGCAGUCCAGGGGACCCUCUGAUACUGGUUUGAAAGAGCUGUCCCAUGGCUAGUUUGGAUUGCGUGGAGGACUAUAGAUUGGCUCAUCUGUUUGUCGCUCUGUGCUGAAGUAUUGUAUUUGGAUACAAUUUUCUUGUACUUAAUAUGCUUUGAAUAAUAUAAAAAAGACCCCUGGGUGUUAUGAUGAAUGGUUUUUAAACACUGUUAGUAAUGCAUGCAUACUGAGUCAUGUCUAAUCAGGAAGAAUGACACCCUUUCAGGAUCUGUGUAUCUAUGCUUGACAUUUUGAGUUUAUAGAUGUUAUGGUCAAUGAAAAACUCUACUAGUUGGGCAAUUUUGGGCCUGAAAGUUGAGGAUCACUUUGAAUUCCAAAACGAUUUGCACUAAAUAGCCCUGUAAGCAUUCUGUGGGUAUAUGGGUUAUUGACUGUUUCUGUAAUCCUGUUGAUGAUUAUUAGAUAACUAAAGAAUACUCUGAUAGAUGAUUGAGUGCUGCUAAAUAAUUUGUAGUAAGUAUAUUGUAUUACUCGGAUGAGGUUAGUUUGUGUAAAUUGUAUAGUGUGGUGCUGCCCUCCAGUGGCUCCUAUAAUUCUCUGUUUGGUUUCAAACCUUUAAAAGGUCAAUCAACAUUCUGAUCUUGUGCAAUGACCAGCAUUUAUUUCAUUAAGACUGUUUCAGAAUGAGAAAUUAGGGAUUGCUUAUAUUGUUAAUAACCUGUAGCUGGAUACAGAAUAUAGUGAGCACUACACAUUCCACAUUCUAAUUUUUGUUUCUGGUGAAUGCUUGUUUGUUACAUGCAAGUAUCUUUCUGUCCACCAGAGGGAGCUUUUGAAGCCCAAUGACAGAACCUGCUAUUUCUCUUCAUUAUUCGAUUAAGAUUUGACUUACAUUCUCCUUAUCUUUAUUAUGUCUAGAUAGGGAGAAAUUUGGAGGAUUAUGAAAGCAGAGGUGUUUCCCUUGUUCAACGUUGAAAUGUUCUUUUGCCGCAUGGCUCUGCGGCUGCAGGGAGGGAGCUAUAUUAUCAGGCCAUUCACUCCUGCUUCCUGGCAUCAGCUCAAACACAAAGCGAAUGUGUCCUUGGAAUGUACUUCAAUGUCCAGAGUGAAUGAAUGUUUAACCUCUGCCGCAGAAGCGAGGCAUUAUUUCAUUCCCUCCAUUACGCCUCUAUCAUUUCUCUUUUAUGCUAACACAUUGAGUCCUCAGUGUGGAUUUCACCCCACUGCUGCUAAAGGGUUAACGUUUAGGGGAUUUAAUCUGUGUGCUGCUUGGGAAACAGGACAAACAUUGCAACCAUGGGUGUUCCAGGUCUUUUUUAGUAAAGGGUUAAUAAUCUUACUUUGUCAUAACAAUGCAUGAUAGCUUGAAGCUGUGGAAUUUAGGAACCAGAAUCUUUCAUUUGCAGUCAGCCUUGUGCAUUGAAACCCUUCAUUUUGUAAUACUAAAACCAUUAAAUGGCAGCCGUUCAUAAACCUGACAAUCUGUAAAAGGUCGCUUUCAUUUGGCUGAUGUCAUCCGAUAUAAAAACAAAACAAAACACGAAUAGAUUUUAUUUUAAGUUCAUGAACCCGUAUGUCAAAAUCUUUACAAGCCAAGUCUUAGUUCGUUUAAUGUAGAUAUAUUUUUAUUUUGAUUAGUAAAUAUGAGGGUAUGUCUGCCAGAUCCAUCAUAGAUUUCUGAGUACACAUCUCUUAUUCUAGCUGAAGGAGAAAACAUGAAAAAUAGCUGGAACGUAGUAUGUUGCAGAAGGGUUAUUAGUUAACCAAUCUUUCAUGAGUGGUUUUAUAUCUCACCUGCAGCAUAUGGAUUCAACAUGCUGGGGGGCAGGACAUCUAAUAUACAGCUUGUCGGGGUGAAAAAGCUUUUAUGUCUAGGAAAGCAUAGAGAUCUAGCAGCCCUGAAUGGUGUAUUGUAUCCCAGCUUGGAAAAUGCUAGUGAUGUCAUGGGUUUGUGGGAUAUUCUCAUCAUCCGAGGAUUUUCAUGAUAGAUUUUGUGGAUGCUUAUAUCUGGGAUCUCUGUGAGAGUUUGUCUAAGAAUAUGUCUGGUUGAUUUUUAAGUGGAUCUUUGGUGCUUCAGCUCUUGGUCACUACAUUUCCCAUGAUGCACUAAAUGUAAUCCACAAACUCUGGUUAGCUGACAUUAUUCUUCAAGAUGCUCUAAAAUUUACAUUUUACCUUUACUUGUAGGAAGCCUGCAUCUUGUAGAAGACACGGCUGCAAUUAUUUUAUCUCAUCAGCAUGUUCUGUGACCAUACUUAGAUGUCUAACUGUAUUCUGAUUGGAUAAGGAGACAUGGUAGUCAAUCUGAGUACAGCGUUGUUUUUACAUUUAUCAGAUGUUUACUUACUCUGGUCUCCUGUUGCUGCUCUAAUUGCUAAAUCCUGUGAAUAUUACUUUUCUUUGAGUAUGUUUUUAUGUUUCACGUGAGACGGAUAAUAAAGAUUUAAUAGCGAUCUUCUAAUGCAGUUCUGUAUGAUUUACAUAAACAGUGUCUGAGUGUCACUCCUUGUCUAAUAUAAAUGUUGUAUCACUGAACACCCGAUUUUUCCUAUUUCUAGGUAAGAGUAAAGCCUGACAAGACCGGAGUCGUAACUGAUGGCGUCAAACAUUCGAUGAACCCUUUCUGUGAGAUCGCAGUGGAAGAAGCUGUCCGACUAAAGGAAAAAAAGAUUGUCAGCGAAAUCAUUGCUGUAAGCUGUGGGCCCCAGCAAUGCCAGGUAACCACCCUAGUCUAUUGUACUGAAUACCGAGUUUCAUGUGGCCCCAAGUAGGGCAAUUUACUACCCUAGUCUAUAUUACUGAUUACUAAGCUACAUGUGGCCACAAGUAGGGCAAUUUACUACCCUAGUCUAUAUUACUGACUUACUAAGCUACAUGUGGACCCAGGUAGGGCCAUUUACUACCCUAGUCCAUAUUACUGAUUACUAAGCUGCAUGUGGACCCAGGUAGGGCCAUUUACUACCCUAGUCUAAAUUACUGAUUACUAAGCUGCAUGUGGACACAGGUAGGGCCAUUUACUACCCUAGUCCAUAUUACUGAUUACUAAGCUGCAUGUGGACCCAGGUAGGGCCAUUGACUACCCUAGUCUAAAUUACUGAUUACUAAGCUACAUGUGGACCCUGGUAGGGCCAUUUACUAUCCUAGUCUAAAUUACUGAUUACUAAGCUACAUGUGGACCCUGGUAGGGCCAUUUACUAUCCUAGUCUAAAUUACUGAUUACUAAGCUACAUGUGGACCCAGGUAGGGCCAUUUACUACCAUAGUCUAUUUUACCGAUUACGAACUACAUGUGAACCCAGGUAGGGCCAUUUACUACCCUAGUCCUUAUUACUGAUUACUAAGCUACAUGAGGACCCCUGUAAUGCCUGAUACCGAUCCUAGUCUCUAUUACUGAAUACGAACUACCUGUGACUCCCAAUAAUGGCCUGCACUGAGCAUACUCUAUAUUACUGAAAACCAAGUUAUCGGUGGCCCAUCAGAUACUGACCAUGGUCUAUAUUACUGAAUACCUUAGGGCCCAGCAAUGUUGAGUACUGAUUGUUACUGCAUAAUGUAAAAUACUGAGGUAGUUGUGUCCCACUAGCAAACAUUCUAAAGGCAGAUCUUUUCUAUAUUGUUGUCCUCUGUGGGAAUUAUGCAGCACAUCAGCAGAUUUUUAUUUUUUUAUUUUUUUUCUUCUUCAGUGCAUAGAGAAGUAUACAAGCUGAUAUUGAUAUUUUAUGAGAGAAUAAACAUCACAAACAAUCCUAAAAACUGCCACUAAGCAUCAAGAAAUACUGCACAGUUUUGUGUUUAAAGGAACACUAUAGGGUCAGGAACACAAACAUGUCUUGCUGGCCCUAUAGUGCUAAACCCACCAUUUAGGUGGCUUGCCCCCUACUUAGCCCUUUUAAAAGCAAUUAAACCUCACCUUACUUCCAGCGCCGCCCAGGUUUGCUGGCACUGCCCCCCCACCCCUUUGGUGACAUCAGAAUUACCGUUUUUUGGGGGGUUUUUUUUGCCAAUCCAAUGGGCCAUUUCUCCCUUUCAAGGACCAUUUCAGGCUUGUAGGCCGCAAAAUAAUUUCAAACCGGACGUUGUGAAGAUCAUAUUAAUAUUUACAUGUUUUGAUAUUAUAAGCAUUGAUUAUAUGUACAUAAAACACUCCAAUUGUAGAGAAUACAAAUGGGAAUCACAUUACUUUUAAAAAUACAGCCAACUCACACCUGUCGGGGGCGGCCAGGACGCUCACAUGGUCGUCUGAAACGCACACAAUGACAAUGGUAGAGACUAACUGAAACAAUAAAAAACGACUUACCAAAGGUUGUGGCUGUCCAAGACUGGACUAUGCCACCCACUAAAUGGAAAGUCACACCUUAAAUGACACUCCAGUAGUGUCAAAGGGCAUAACCUUAAUUAAAUAUUAAACAACAAACUUCUUGUUACUGGUUGCUGAGACCAGAAACAGAAAUGAACUGGAAAAUCAAAAGGCAAAUAAAUAAAUAUAACCAAUAAGGAGAUAGAUCAUAGAAAUCUAUAGAGUGUUCAUAUAUGGAACUAAAGUGAAUUGACGUAGCCUAAUGGCUAUUGUCCUGUCUGAAAGGACUCUUAGGCAUUAAUUUACUGUUUAGACUCAGGACUUAAUAUGAUCAACUAAAAUUGUCCAUGUCUAAAACAUAUGCAUGAUAUUCAAAGAGCCUUAUAAUAAACUCCUGUGGUCUAAAGGGAAAAUAAAUCAAAUCAAAACAAAACAGGCUUGAUUGUAGCUAAAGAAAUAGUUGAACUACUAAGUAGAACAAGUAAAAAGGGUCAAAAUGAUCCCUCUAAUAAUUGUAUCCAAUUACUGUUACUACAAAAAUGGUAGAGACUACACUCAAGGUAAUUCGCUAAACUUAGAAUUUCUGCUAAAUCUCAAAGUUGAAGCAAAAACACACAUGUUCGGAUUAUAGCAAAGUUAGAGAAUAUUUUCAGAUUAGCUUUUUUUUUUUUUUCUUUCCAUUUUUUUCCAUUCAGAUAUAAUUUGUGGAAAUGAGUGGACGGCUGGAGAAGAAAAGAGAAAAUUCUCCCCAAACUAUAUUAUUGGUAAUAGAGUUGGAGCCUGAAUGGUGUAAAGUUUGCUGAUCAUUCUAAAACCCAGUGAAGUUUUAAAUAAAAAUGUCCCAGUGCGAUUAAACCACCCCUUUACAAAAAGCUGUAGUUGUUAUUUUGCUUUGAGCCUCUAUAAAAUGACUGAAUGAAAAUCAAAUAUAUGUAUUGGUUGUGUGGAUAAUUUAACCCCUUAAGGACCAAACUUCUGGAAUAAAAGGGAAUCAUGACAUGUCACACAUGUCGUGUCCUUAAGGGGUUAAAGGCAAUUAAGAGAUUUUGAUCAAAACCGAUUUUUGGUAAAAUUCACCUUGGUCAGAAUGCAGCUGGAUUUCAAUUCAAACAUAGGUUUAUUCUGUAAUUUGUAUUUAUUAAUUUUUUUAAAAGUGCUACACCCCAAACUGAAAAAUGCAACCCAACAGGAAGUUUAAGGAAGUAUUGACAAAACCUGCAGAAAGUAAUAUGCUGUUUUUCAGCUCUCUGGCACUGAAAAGGUAAAGCCAUUACCAACCAAUUCAGCCGAAGCUAUUACUCCUCCUGAGCAGGGACCAUCGGCUGUGAUUGCUGCCGUUUCCUGGGGGAAUAGGUUAAAUGCAGAGCAGGACAGGUGCUAUGAGAAAAGGCACUCUCCUAAAGUGCUGGCCUUGUGUAUGACCGAGACACACUGUCACACACUUAAACUAAGCAAUUCUUCAAUGUGAGCUGUUUUUAUUACACCUGGUAUAUCGCGAGGCAGCUACAGGUGAUUGGGAAGAUCAAUCUGUCUGCAUUUGGCAUUAUGGAGCUCAGCCCCUAAUACUAUCGGUACUGUGGAUAUUUGUUUAUUAAACGGUCAAUAGAUUUACUAACAUACAAAAUGUAAAGCCAAUUCUGAUGAUAAAAAUAGAUCAACAUGUGCCUGUAGGCCACCAAUAACAUUCAGUGCAAGUGAACGAAACCUACAAUUCUCAGACUGGCUUCCAGCCUCACUGUAUGUCCUGAUAUGCAAAUGAGGAAGCUAAAUGUAGAUACAUCUGCAUUACACUACUGCAUUUUUUUUUUUUUAAUGUUCAGUUAAUUAGCCUAUUUAAUUUAGAUAAUUCAUAAGGUGAGCUUACACACAAUUGUGUGCAUGCUCAGUAAGUCUCAUUAAAGGCCUUUUUCAUGUAAAGUAAAUUUCUUCUAUAGUGUCUAGUACCAAUGCACCAAAGUCUCAUUUACUUUAAGGCACCCUCUAAACACCAGACCACUACACCACUCCUGGACUCAUUGAUGGAGCUAUGAGCUAUAGUAUAAAAUACUGUUUUAUCACUUUAAUACACUUGUUUUACUGCAGGAACAUAACCCUGGCAUCACGACCACUUCAAUAAGCUCACUUUGGUAUGAUGCCUAUAGUGCCCCUUCACGCCAACAUUUUACACUUGACUUCCAUUGCACUAAAAUAUUGUGCUUUGUAAUUGACAUUAAACCGUUUGUUUUUGCUAUUUUAUACCUCUUUACGAAUUACUGUAGGAGCAUAAUAAUGUGUUCCUUCAGACUAAAACAAAAUGAAUGUGGAUGUGCAAGAAAGUCCAUUGACUAAAACCUAUGCCAGCACUUAUUUUGAGAUAAAAUUCAUAGCAUUUCCGACGUUGUUGCAGUCUAGUCCAUCAAUCUGGCCUCCUGUUUAAGUGAGCUUCGUCUUUAAAUCUUUGCAUCAAAUAUUGGUUAUAUUUUUAAUGGUAUAGUCCUGUCAACCGGAGAUUCCAGGGGUCAGUCUAUUUAAUGCGCUUUUGGCUUGUAAAUUGCCAUUCAAUGAGUUACAUUUGCCCAGGGAAAAACAAAGGCAGCAUGUCCUUCCAGUUGCACAGGAAUCUGUAGCAUAAGCUAAUUUAAUCUUGCCUCCACAGUAAUGUUCUUUUAAACAUGCUCCGGGGCCUGUUUCGCUACCUAGGGUUUGAAAAUGAACCUAGCUGUCACAUCGCCUGAGAAAUGCUAUGUCCCAGCAGCCGUAGUAAAAGGCAUUCGGGAGAGCAGGGGGUAGAGGAAGGGAGGGGAGCCCUGUCACUUCUCGUUAUAGUAAAAGACCGUACAAGCUCCCUGGCGCAGGAGCCGGGCAGUAAUUGGCGUUAUUGAUGGAUUUGUCUGUGUAUCAGUCAGAGAGACCUGCGAGACCUGGGGCUGGAGCCAUUCGCUGCUAAAAGUGCAAUACGAAGACGCAAGACACAUUGCACACAGUUUUACUACAUAUUAAUCACAGAUUUCUCACUUGGCUGAACCAACCUUAAGGUUUUAACCAUGUAAUUUGCUGUGCCUUGACAAUCCCUCUGGCACUCCAGGGGUUAAAUGACCUACACAUUGUACUAUACAUGGACACACUUUGCAGAGGCACACAGUGCAUACAGCAAAUGUAUGGAUCACAUUAAUACAAUAGUUAAAGGGGUCAUAAAGCCCCCCCUGUACUUUCUUUAAAUGUAUGGGAUCAACAAAGGAAAUUGGGAUUCACACCUGCUGCUGGAUUUCAUAGAUGCCUUAGCAGAGCAUACAUGCUAACACUCCAGGUGAACAGCGCAGAGGUUGUGACGUAGUCUGCUUUUGGUGUUGAGUGCCAGUCUCUGUUUAAUCUGUGCUGCGCAUGUUUAAUUGGCUCACGAGUCUGACUAUGUGUGGAACAUAGUUGCAGAUGAUAUAUUUAACAUUUCUUAUAUUUAACAUGUCUCCCAGGACAGAAAUCACUUCUUCGUGUUGACAGACAGCUUAUGAAAAACGCUGCCCAGUGGUAUGCAGCAUUUAUAUUCUACAUGAUUACUUAACGAUUAGUGACUGAAACCAUCAAUCUAAAUGCCAUAACCACUUUACAUGCAAAGCUUAUAUUGCAGGCAACUUUAGGGAGUGGAAAAGGCAGUAAAAAGGCCUUUGAGUGGUGGCAAUGAGGAGAGCAAGUGGUCCAUAAAGGAGGGCGUGUAUUUGUGCUUUACCUUUGGGUACAGUGCGCAGUGCAAGGCAUUGAAUGCUGGGAUCGUUUCCAUGGUCUCCCCAGACGUGGAAUAUGAGAGAACUGGCAUGGUAUGGCGGGACUGAAGCCCAAAUACAGCUGUCCGGUCAACCUGGAUCUGUUGGGAGGUAUGCUAGAGUAUAUUAAUAUUUUGCAGAUUGCUGUAUCUACCUGCUCGCUUCCAGACAUCCAAGGUGGAAUUCACACUGUAAAUGCGGAAUGUAUUAAAGAUACUCUUAUUAAACUGAAAUUAUCUGCACUAAAUGACAAGUCUUGAAUAUUGGUGUGUAAUCAUAUCGAAUAUCAAGGUUUAUAUAUUAGACACAGGUCUGUUCAAUACGCCGUGCAAUAUGCCAUGAAUAGAAAAGGGCACAAAAUUAUUUCAUUUGUUGUUCAGCAGGGACCAAAUAUAUUGAUUUAAUGAGCAGUGCUGCUGUCUCAGUAAGAUACGACAUUAGUUCUCCCCUCGUUUUGGGAAUCUUUUGUUUUCCAGCUUUCCUGUGACCCUCUUCCUUCCCAGUACCCUGAGCUGAUUUGUACAUUUCAUACAGGAUCAAUGUGCUUUUUGCUUGGAUUUUGAUCAUCUCAAGCAAACCAAACUCCCUGUUGGUUCAGAUCCAUUAACAAUCAGACCAGCUGUCAGCCUCCAGCGUACCAUGUGAGUGUGCGCAAUACUGUGCAUCACUUCUGAAACUGACUAUGCGACUUCUUUGAUACCACAGAGAGAAUCAGAUUGAUGUCCGAUUGGGUAUACUACAUCAGUAACCACCGUUCCAAUAAAAAUUAUUUAAACAUUUUUAAAAGUGUGUGUGUGUGUGUGUGUGUAUAUAUAAUGAUGCAAGCAUUUAACAUUAACAAAAUCGGUCUGUCUUUUUAAGCAGCUUCCUGAUGUUUAAAUUAGGAUGCUACUUGACUAAUCAUAACGUCCAUAUUGUGUUAAGUGGGAGGCGAGCAUAUUAAGGCUGGGAGCAAUUUUGUUUAAACAAAUGUACAGAUCAACAAAUCUAGUAUUGUAAACUUGCUUCAUUCACUCCCAAGCUCGCCAUCUGCGCAAAAACCAAGAUAGAGAACUCAUUUGCAAAGGUUUCUUUUUUUCUAAAGUUCAAAUAAACAGUUGAUCAUUUUGCAUAAUUGAUAGACGUUUGCAAUUAUUCUCACACUAAGCAAAAACAUAUGGUGCAUGUUUAGUAAGUCUCUUUAUAGACAUAUUACGCUAGCAAAGGUCCAAUACCUAUUCUCAAAGUCUCUUUAUAAAGACCACAUGCACAAUGGCUAUCAACUUACUGAUGGAUCUAUUCACUUCUGUGAAUGCGACCACACACGUGCACUGCUUCUGCCCAGUUCCUUCACAAUAAGCUGGGAAGGAGCGUGUCAGUAGCGGUGGGAACUGACGUAGUGUGUGCCUGUCAUGUUGACUUACCAUACAAAACCUUUGACAGGCAGGGCAAGACGUUCUGCUGUGAUCCUCUAUAAUGUGGGCUCAUUGAGCAGAGCCCUCCAUCUCUCUGUACGUCCAGUUGUCUGGUUACAAUUACAUGUCUGUUAGUUUACCCAUUGUACAGCGCUACAGAAUCUGAUGGUGCUAUAUAAAUAAUAAAAUAAUGUGAGUAGUGGGUUGGCUUAUGGCUGUAGAGAUCUAUUUUAUUUUUCCUGAUUCAUUGCAGUUAUAAGUUGUAUGCAGGGUGAAGGGUCAGGAGACCUGCAUAACCCCUGCAAUGACCUAAUUAACUGCCAAGGAGGUCUGAGGACUACCUGAGAAAUGCCAAAGCAGCUCCGUGUCAAUGCAAAUGUUCUGGUGGAGAGAAUACGCUGCACCCAGACUUUGUGCCAAAAAUUGCUUAUAACUGCGGCAGUUUACAAAAAUGGCUGCAGCUAUACAAACCUGCCCAGUGGAACUCAGAUAUCAAUGGAGGAAUUCUCUUUAUUCUUUGUCGUCCAAGAGCCUUCUUACUUUUGCAUAUAACAUGUACGCAUAGACUGAUCGAUUUGUCCUGUUCUUCAGAGGGUCUGAUUGAUGGAGCCUUAUCUUUGUCAGGGUUCAAUCUGAUUGAAACCAUGUUUGCAUCUUUGAUAAGUUUUGGGUUUGUCAGAAUGUGUGUGCCUAUUUAUUCCAUUAGAAAAUAGGGAGUGCAUCCUUGGCUAUUUUGUCAGUUUAAGGGCCAGGCAGCUGUCUAUCGUUGUUUAUAUACAAACCUGCCAUUUGCUGCAAACCUCCAGGUUUGGCAGCCUCUGCAUUGAGCUCUGGCCACACUGGAAAGUCAUUCAGCCUAUUACCUCUCUGGUAGCACUUUUAAACUCUCCUAUAAGCAGUAGUUGCUGAUCCACUUUCGGUGUCAACAGGAACCUUGAGCUACAGCUAUUAAAAAAAACAAAGUCCUAUUUUAUUAGCAAAACGGGAAACGCUCAGGGUUAGUAUAGAGAGGAGAAACGGUCAAUUCACAAAGAUAAAACACAUUUUAAAAUUAAAGUAGACCAUUAAAAACACAUUUCACUAAAAGUAAAUGUGCAAAAGUAAGAAUUCAAAGUGAAUUUGACAUUUAAGGCCAAAGAAGCCAGACUGGAUAAAUUAUCGAAAUCCCCUAUGCUUCAAAUGCAGAUAUUUUGGCUUUAAAUUCAAAGUUCACGUUGAAUUCCCAUUUUUAGUGAAUAACCAUAUUAGAAUGAAUACAGUUUAUGUUCAGCUGGUAGGACAAGUAUUGGGACCAGGAUUGUUCUCAGCUCGUCCACUAGGUGGCUUUACUUGUAUUGGAAUUAUGUUGUGAGAAUUCUGAUUUGGCUGUUGUAUUACAUGUAUGUGCAUCAGUUAAUUCACACACACCAUGCAAAGUGUGUCAUCCCUGGACAUUGUAAGAUACCAGACAUUAAUAUGAGAGUGAGCCAAAGUACAUGUAUAUCUUAAUGGUCUUUAACUAUAAAGGAAACUUUAUUGCAAGCAUGAUGUAUAAACUGUUUUGAGUGAACUUAUCUGCAGAUGGUUCCUUCUUUAGAGAUGAUGGCGUGGCAAUUCCUAGCCCGCAGGUACACCCUGUGAUGUUGGUGCGACUGCAAGCACAGUUGUUCUUGGGAUCCAUGUUUGUAGAUUUAUUUAUUUUAUUAUUUUUUUCAUACGGUGUCAAAAAUGUGAGCAUUUAAUUAUACAUUUGCUAGCAAUUGGGUUUACCGUGGAAUAAAAUCAAAGCAGAAUAUGUAAAGUUUUGUGAAUUGUAGUGAAUUUUUAGAGUGAAAGCCUAUUAAAAAAAUAAUUGAUGUGGGAAAAACUGUUGUGCCUGCUGUUAUGGUGUCUGUACUACCCUGGCACCAACACAGUGUAAUUUGUCACACUGUUUUUAGAAUGGUUUGAUAACUUAUCUGGGUCCUGCUGGACACCCGUACUGCAGCUUCUGCUUUCUGGAUUCUCCCGCUGCGAAAUCUCAUUAGCUCAUCUGAGCAAAGCAGGCCACUCUCAGCCAAUGAGCGCAGUCAUGUACUGACCUUAAAGGACCACUAUAGGCACACAGACCACUUCAUCUUAAUCUUAAUGAAGUGGUCUGGGUGCCUGGUCCAUCUAGGAUUAACCCUUUCUGCAGUUUCUGGUCCAUCUAGGAUUAACCCUUCUGCAGUUUCAUAGAGAAACUGCUAUGUUUACACUGAGGGUUAUUCCAGCCUCUAGUGGCUGUCUCAUUGACUGCCGCUAGAGGUGCUUCCGCGCUUCUCACUGUGAUUUUCAGUGAGAAGACGCCAGCGUCCAUAGGAAAGCAUUGAGAAUGCUUUCCUAUGGACUGGCUGCGUUCGCGGCUCGUGCUGCGCAUGCGCAUUCAGCCGAUGACUGGGAAAGGAGGGGGAGAGUCCCCAGCACCGAGGGAGCUCGGCACUGGGAAAAAGGGUAAGGGAUUAACCCCUUCCUCACCCUAGAGCCUGAGGGUGAGGGGGACCCAAGGACCCUAUAGAGCCAGGAAAACAUACACUUAUAGUGGUCCUUUAAUUUGCUGCAGAGGCACAUCAACCUUCUACCACAAAAGACCAGAAGUGGCACGGCCUGAAGAAACAAAGGUAAGUUGUCACACUGGUUUGACAAAUUACUCCAGAAUGACGGUGAAAUUGUAGUGCUAAUGGUGCCUGGAAUGUUCCUUUAAGAGAUCUAUGCAGCACUUUUCCCAUUGUAACUAAAGGACAUGGGUUGUUGGCUUGUAUUCACUAAACACUAUUUUGUAAAGAAAUGAAAAUCGAAUGGCAAAAUUUAGAUUAAUAUAGAUUAUAUGGAAGGUGCACUAAUGGCUGUAGUCACCGCUUUUUCCAGAUUUUUGCAAUUUAAGUAUUGGUUUGCUACAACGCAGUGUUGAGUGAAUGAAACCCCUGUUUAUUGAAGGAAACUCAACCAGAAUGUAGCUGUAACUCUGGUUCAAAAACUAUUCUUUAAAGCAAUACUAACCUGACCCCAGCCACCCCCCUUUAUCUUGCAGCCGUGAUGCCAGGUUGCAGCGCAGCAUUGCCCUUUUUGCUGUGUAUCAGCGUACUGCCUUCUUACCCUGUCCGUCCUGGCCCCCCUCAUCACGUUAUGCUCUCCUGAUGGAGCCCAGAUGAACAUUGCCUCAUUCGCAGGGUAAGCCCUUCCCCCCGCGGCUCAUUCAUGCCUGCAGUGCGUGCGGCUUCAGGAUCCAAUCCACAGACCUGUCAGUUCUGCUUUUCUGCUCUAGUAAAUUUUGCUAAGACCCUUCCACACUUUGAUUUAAUUUUUUUUUCUCUCUUCUGUUUAUUAAAUCUAAGCAGGAUGAAGGCACUUGCUAGUCAUUACUGAAGCUCAAGCAUUCCUAUGACCCACACUGAAAUCACUUUCUUUCCCCUCUUAACAUGGACAUUGCUAGCAUGCUUCCUCCCCGUGACAUUCACAUGGGUCCAGAUUGUGUGCUCAGCAAGCUGGGACUUCCACAUUGUCUUUGUUCUAUUGAUGGGUUUGUGAGGCUCCAACAUAUUCUGUAGUGUUGUACAAUGACCUGGGGAUUUUCCCAUGGUUUUUAUGUUUUUAUCUAACUCUCUCUUACAUUUACAUUUCUGGGAUUGCUAACCAUCUUGCAUGGCAGCUACCUAUGGACAUUGCUUCAUGGAGCUUUUGCUAGUAAUCAUAAAAUGUUCAUAUGCCACCCACCUGACCCUCUACCCUUUUAUAAUUAUGUAUGUGUGUGUGUGUGUGUGUGUGUGUGUGUGUGUGUAUUUUAUAUAUAUAUAUAUAUAUAUAUAUAUAUAAUUUCCCAUCCUCCAUUUGUGUCUCCUGUGUUACUUAUUGACAAGCCCACAACGCUUGCUUCCCCAAAUGUUUAUUCUCCCACCUCCCUGCUUGCAAGAUGCUGGUUUCUUGCUUUCUGUGUACAAUGUGCCAGGACAGUGAGCCCAUUAGUACGUUUCACAUUCAGGCUUUUUGUUUCCGAAGCUGCACCAAUCAAUGGGCGUGCAUUUUUUCCUUGGCACUUCUGGGGGUUUGGUACAUUCCUGUGAAAUUUGCAGCUAAGCAGAGUUAUCGAGACUGAUUACCAAGGCUGCCGCUGAGAUGUUUUUUUUGUUUUUUUGUUGUUUUUUUUUGCUGCACCCGACACCCCUCCCCCCCCUUGUGACCUGGAAUAUUUCUCUUCCUUUGCCUAAAGCACAAACAUUUUGAAAAUAUUCAAUUUUAGAGAUUAUGAAAAUAUUGUGCUGCUGAAAACAUAGCUAGAUCUCUAACACAUAGAACAACAACCUUUCUAGAACUGAAGCUACUGUUCAGCCCAUAAAUAUUUUGUCCGUGACACUCGUCUUGGCAUUUUUGACUCUGUUGUCCAGCACCUUUUGGUUUUGAAAUGAAACCAUAUGAGAGUAAGGUGCCGGCUAAAAUUUCAGGAUAUUUUCACCCUUAAGCCAUGAAGGAUUUUUCAUAUUUUAGUCACUGUUUCAUUUCAAAUCCAGUGUCCCACGAAGCACAGUGCCAAAUCGCAUAACUCGUGUCUGCAUAUAUUACACCAAAUAAACUGGUACAUCGAUCGUUUGUACUUUAUGUACUGCUACGGACUACAGGACAUCUGAUUUUUGUGCUGUGAAAGUCUUGUUAUUCGACCUUUGGAGAGUGAUUGUUAACCUAUUGGUACUUGUCGCAGUCUUGGCGUUCUGCUAUGGUGGCUUAGUCAAAGCUCUGCUAAGCCAAAACAUUACCAGUCUGUGGAACACUUUAAAUCUAAUGAUUGACUAUUCUGCUGCGAUUGCCGUUUACGUCCAAUCAUGGUUGCUGCCGUGCAAAUGUGCAUGAGGUCACUUGACAGAACAUGGCUUCAUAUUUUCAACCUGCUUUCAAGCAAACUUCUAACAAAAAUAGAAUGUCUAAAUGUGGUAAUAAUUAAGGAUGCACGUAUGCCUCUGGCCUAGCUCUCAAGGUAAAAAUGUUAUGGUUUAGUUGGUUUUACAUGCAUCGGUGCAAACCGCAAAAGCAUACUGCAAGUACUCGAAAUGCUUUCAUGGUUCUGUAAGAGUGGGCUAACUCACGGUCCACAGCACAAAUCAGGAAACCUAUGACAUUUAAGUUGUACUUUUGCCAUUGGGUUUGGUAGCAUUAUUAAAGAGUAGUAGGGUUAUUCACUUAAUCAGUGUUUCCCAUAACAGUCCUCACACCCACUAACAGUCCAGGAUUGGGGGAUUACCAAGAGGGGAGAAAAAAACCACCUUAGACAUAACUGGGUAAUCCCUAAAUCCUGGACUGGUUUGGGAACCACUGCAAUAAACUGUAAAUUGUUGGAAAUUCACUGAGGAACUAACAUUGUCUUUCAUAAAUGGCUAUUUUGACCUUAAAUUUGAUUUUCCGGUGAAUUCUGGAGAACUUAGUCUAAUGAACAAUUAUGUACUUUUGUAAUUAUUUAUUUUUUAGAACUUGAAGCCAAAAACAUGUUUAUGGAACGUUGGUCUGUUUUUAAACAAUUGAAAGCAAAAUGAACGAGAGUAUUGCUGCAGCAAAACUUCAUAAGCAUCAAAUCUCAACCAUGUAAAAAUGGAUUUAUGGUGUGGAUGUAAAAUAUGUGCGUAAGCCCCUCCUCAGCUCCCCUUUAUAUAACCCCUUCUUAUGUUGUCAUCUGUGUAGUUCACAGAUUUUAUAAAAGUUCAAAAUUCAGGGUGUAUGGUUUUAAAUACCUGUAUAGUUUCCACUUCUCGGCCAAGCAAUUCUAAGUCUAUCACUUCAUUUAAAGAUAAAUUGUGACAUGAAUUGUUGUUCUCUGGUCCUAUUCUAUUCUACACGUAUGAGUCCAUCUGAUCUCACACUGCUCUCUCUAUUCUCAGGAAACUAUCCGGACAGCACUGGCAAUGGGGGCAGACCGUGGUAUUCAUGUGGAUGUGUCUGCAAAGGACGCUGAAAGCCUUGGACCCUUCCAGGUCUCGAAGAUCAUUGCUGCUCUGGUCAAGAAGGAAAAUGUCAACCUUGUGCUUCUGGGAAAGCAAGUAAGGCACAAUGAAUGCCAUUCUCGGUUAUUUUGCCUAGUACCACUACCUGUGUUUGCCCCUAGAGGCCGCUCUUGGCAUUACUGUACAUAUGUGUAGGUUAGUGGAUAGAGCCUCACGUGCAGUAAUUGUGUGCGGUUACAGGUCAAUUUACCCUGAAGGCACCUCUGUGCUGUCAUUGACCAUCAUCAGAGCUUUGGAAUUUGCAGCAAAUAAUGAAAUUCUAAGAAACCUUUUUAUUUUAUUUUUUCUUCCUUCCUCCUUUUACAGACAUUUUCUUACAAUACGUGAUCGAUAACCCAUUAGGUUUAUUCACUAAACACUGUAUUGCUAAAUUUAGGCAGAACAGAAUUUUUUCAAAAUGUCCUGUUUUAGCCUAAUCAUUGCAGUUUGUUUUUAUAUUCACUUCAGUGCAAUGUUUAGUGAAUAAACCCCCAGUGAUAUCGGAGUUCUUGGAAUCCCGAGUAUUGGGUUUCCAUUCAAUCUUAUUAGAUCACUUUACAUAAGCAAUAAAAGAACAUACUAUUUUAUAGUAAAGUAGUGUGAUUUUCACAUUCACACGAUUUCACUUUAAAACAUUAAAUGCAUGAUCUCUGUAAAUUAAUUAUAGGAAACUUUAUCCUAAUAGGGUGACACUUCCUCAUACAGAUUGAAGGCAAUGGGAUGAAAUCAAUAAUUUUUUGAUUUUUUUUUUUUUUUGCUAAAAGCAUUUAUUUGGUAACAUGCAGAAAGAAAAGCUAAUCCGGCUGAUUCAAUGCAUGAUGUUCAGAUACAUUUAUUGUACUUUUGUAGCCUGGAGUGUCUCUUUAACUUGUUGUAGCAGAUUGUCCACAAGGACUGUGACAUAGACUUUAUUACCUCUGGAAAAUCUGAAAAUGAAUCAAUGCUUCCGUCGGGUCACGGACCUUUGCAGUAGCCGAUGAGGAUAGGUCGCUAGUGAUCACUGUAUCGCACUAAUACAAUCUUCUUUGCAGCCAGACUAUGACAUGUUUGGUAGUCUUCCAGAGACCUUGAGAACUCCUAAAACACAAUACUAAAGCAAUGAGAGUGUCACCUUGAAAGGAUCUGUAAACAAGUGAGAGAAACAUUAUAUUCUAGGAUUGCCAGCAGAGCAUACAAGCAAAUACAUACCUCAAUGUAGUGUGUUGUUUUUAAAAAAAAAAUUUAUUAAAGGUCCUCAUUGUCAUUUGCAACUUUUAAUAAUUUUCCUUGUGUAAUGUGGGGACAUUAUCAGGCAUCCAGUCCGCUCAUCUGACCAUCAGAAACUUUUUUUUGUUUUUCUCCUCUUCUCUUAAAUGAAAACUGGGUAAUGCUGUAAAACAAUGUUUUCUCUAGAGUUGGUAAAGCAAACCAGGACUAGAUUUGAAUGUUUAAAUGAUGCUUCAUUACCCAUAGCUGCACACUGAAAGUCAUUGGUUAACUGACUCUGGAAGGAGUGAGCAUUCAUAGAAGUCUCUGCAUAUAUUUACAUUGCAAUUAUUCUUUGUCAACCUUUUUAGACUUCGUAGGUGAAGCCAGGCCUUCAAUCAAAUGUUUCAUUAUUUGAUAUCAUUUUUAUUUGUUUUAAGUCGUGAAUGGCCAGAUAUUGCUAUUCUUUUUGUAUAGGAGUAGUACACCAUAUGCUUUUUUAAGAUGUCAUUUUAACCUGUGCAGGGAGCCAAUUUGAUGUCAGUGGCUCUCAUUUUUAUAUGUGAAAUGUAAAGAGAACCCCAUGUAUUGUCUCAACCUCAUUUGUUUGGAUCAGCGUUUCAAAUAUCACAAUCAGUUAGGACAUUUUUUAUUAUUUUAAUUGUUUAGUUUUUUUUUAAAUUUACAUAAACUCUAAUGUUUUUUGUAAAUCAUUUUACAAAAAAUGUUUUUCUAACCGAUUGGAUCAGAAUUUCAAAUGAUCACAAACAAACUAAAUUGAGGCUUAUGUCCUUAGUACAAAACAAGGGCCUGUAGUACAAGUCUAAAGAUUAGGUCAACUCCCUGUUUAAAAUCAAUUUUAUUCUAACGGUAUUUAAAAAUAUAGAAAAUAUAGAAAAAAACUUUCCACAUGUAUGUGUAAUUGGUCUUUUAAAAAUCACAGAUUAAGCCAUGAGAAAGUCCAGACCUUAUUUGAAAAUGUUCGCUGCAGAAGUUACAAACAAUGGUCUUUACUGGAACAAAGAUGAUAGAUGAUGGCUGAUAGUGAUAAGAGUCAGACCCCUCCAGACGCGUUUCUCCGCAUUCGGUGGCUUUAUCAAUGGAUGCCAUUGAUGUUCGGGAUGCCGAACAUUUUUUUUUUAAAUAUAUUUUUAAAUAUCGUUAGAAUAAAAUUGAUUUUUUAACUAUCAAUCUUCAGUGUGGUAAAUGAUAAGUACAUGGUAUAUUGAUAUCCCUUUUUUUCGAUCUUUUACAUAUAUAUAUGGAUCCAUAUGAUGGAGUGGACAGCUUAACACAUUUCUUUGGGAUACUGUUACUGGACUUUUAUUCAUUUUCUCUCAUUAUUGUAUUGAGGUUUUGCUGUAUUUUCUGGGAUAUAUGCAACUUGCUAUAUAGAAUUAUUUAGAAGAGAAGAGUUUUUAAUAGUUAUUUUGAGUAUUAUUGCAUAGGUUGUUAGGUUUCCUAUUUUUCAUACCCUAUUCUCAUCUAUUUUUUAUUUAUUUUUUUACAAUCAGCGCUAUCAGGACUUUUUCUACAGCUUAAUGUAGUUGUUCUGGUGAGUAUAAGCAUUGCCUUCAGGCAGAGAAAAAGCCGUGUUUACAUUACCCCAUGGGACACUUUUUGAGUGGCAAAUCCUCAGAUGGCCACUGGAGGUGCUUCCUGGGGCAGUGCUGCACAGUAAGCAACACUGCCGUUCAGCGUCUCCAUGCCCUGAAUUCAAUGCACCUUCAUGAGGUGCUGAUUGGCCAAAAUGGCAUUUGGCCCCCGCCCCAUCCCGCCUCCUUGCUAAUUAUAAGCCAAUUCAAUGCUUUCCUUAUGGAAAAGCAUUGGAUUGGCAAAAAAUUGCCAAUAGUGAUUUCAUCAAGGAGGCGGGGUGGGGACCCGUGCUGCGCUGUAAAUAGGGAGAGUUUUCACCGGGGCAAUCCAGCUAAAUGGUGGAUUAAGCACUAUGGUGUCAGGAACCUCUUGGCUCCUCUACAUUUGAUUGUCCCCAUAGUCAUCCACCUAUUGCCUCUAGGUCGCCCAUUUCAUUUGUUAUUUAUAACUUUUUAUUUCUUCUCCAUAUCUUUGUCCUUGGCGCAGCCAUCUUUGUGUUCCUGGAUGACAGUGCCGCUUUAAGCUAAAGGUGAUUCGGUGCCUAUAGUGUUUCUUUAAGCUUACUUUUUUCCAUUUCAUUCUUUCAUUCCUUUAAAAGCAGUGAUUUAUAAUUCACACAUGAUAAAGUAAAACUGACAGAAAUCUUGCACAUUUCACCAGUAAACGGCUGAGUCUGUUAUGUUUUUAUGAGUCCUUGUACAGUCUAUGUACUUUAGCGACUGCCAUGUUCCUCUCUGAAGCCACCCUCCUGGUACAUGUCUCAGAUAAUGUGUCCGAAUUGUACAGACAUGCCCUGAAGCUCACCUUCUUCUGCCUUUUUACUUUUCCAGGCCAUUGAUGAUGACUGUAAUCAGACUGGACAGAUGACCGCUGCUCUGCUUGACUGGCCUCAGGUACCUUCCCUUCUUAAACAGGGUUUAGGAUGUAAACUGAGAAACUUGGCUCUAUUGAUGACUUUAACCCCCUGUGGUCUAAAAAUCUACUUAUCCUGUAUAUUACCUUAGAUUUCAGUAAAGGUAGGGCUUCCUGACCCUUCAUUUUUCCUCCUCCUCGGGAUCCCCCGCCAUCAGCAGGGGCAUGUUUUUUCUCGUUCAUUUAUGUCUGCUGCAGUGAUAGGGCUUUUCUUGCUUUAUUCUGUUUUCAUAGUGCUAAAAUGAUUUAAGUAAGAAUGUUUUAAAAAAAUAGAAAUGUUAAUAGUUUAUCUUUAUCAAUUGUCGCAUUAUUUGAUGUGACUCCUCCUUCCCUUGCCUUCAUAACAGUAACAGCUUCUCUAGGUCAAAUGCACCCCAAGCUGCAUGCUGAGACGCACUAACGGAGUUGAGUUGGAUUGUUUAGGUUUUUUUUCCCCCCUUUUCUGUUUUCUGUGGUGGAAUAAUAAUAAUGCAUUUAAACAAAAAACAUGAUUUAGGAUUUUUAGAAUGUAUGGAGAUGGGAAUUGGGAAGGUUCCGUUCAUUGGUUUUCUUUUCACUAGUCUGACUUCUGAGAUAUGUCGCCUUUUGAGAGUUCUUAUCAUUAUGUAUUAAUACUACUGCUAAUAUUUUCACAAUAUAGGGGACAUUUGCAUCUGAGGUGAAGGUGGAUGGAGAGAAUGUAACCGUAGUUCGGGAAGUGGAUGGAGGUCUGGAGACCAUCAAACUGAAACUACCUGCUGUCGUAACUGCUGACUUACGUCUUAAUGAGCCGAGAUACGCUACUCUCCCGAAUAUCAUGGUGAGAAUGUGUUAGUGCAAAUUAUACUCUAUAUAAAGUCUCAUUUUUGAUAUUGAAAACAAAUGUGUAAAUCACUUUUGUAAGUGACCCAACUUGAAGAAGUUUGGUCACUUACAAAGACAUUUACACAUUUAUUUGUAAAUGCCUUUAAAGGGACACUAUGGGAACAGAGUUUAACUCCGUAACACAAUGCUGGACCUCAUCAUGCUUUGAAUGAGCACAUCCCGCGCCUUCAAGUCCCCCGUAGGAAAGCAUUAUGUGAAUUUGGGGAAGGCCUUAAUGCACAUGCGCUUUCGCUUCUCCCCAUUGCCAACGUCGGAGGAGGUGGAAACAAAGCCAGUGCCAGCGAACCUUGGCACUGGAAAGGGGUUUUUAACCCUUUUAACACCGGCGGGAGGUGGGGGUGACAAUACGUUUAUGGCUGUCUUUUGUAUUCCUAACAUUAGUGUUUCUUUAAAGUAAACUUUAGAUUGUGUUCCUUUAUAACCUUAAUGUUGAGGUAAUUGGGCAUAUUUUUGUGUCUCAUGACAACCCAUAAUGCCCGUAUUACAAGAGGAUGCCUUCAAACCGUACUUAAAGGACCACUAUAGUGCCAGGAAAACAUACUCUUUUUCCUGGCACUAUAGUGCCCUGAGGGUGCCCCCACCCUCAGGGACCCCCUCCCGCCGGGCUCUGGAGAGAGGAAGGGGUUAAACACUUACCUUUCUCCAGCGCCGGGCGGGGAGCUGUACUCCUCCUCUCCUCCUUGCUCGCGAUGUCAUCGGCUGAAUGCGCAUGCGCGGCAGGAGCCGCGCGCGCAUUCAGCCAGUCGCAUAGGAAAGCAUUUACCAUGCUUUCCUAUGGACGCUUGCGUGCUCUCACUGUGAUUUUCACAGUGAGAAGCACGCAAGCGCUUCUAGCGGCUGUCAAUGAGACAGCCACUAGAGGCUCUGGAGGCUGGAUUAACCCUCAGUAUAAACAUAGCAGUUUCUCUGAAACUAUGUUUAUAAAAAAUAAAAUAAAAAAAAAGGGUUAAUCCUAGAGGGACCAGGCACCCAGACCACUUCAUUAAGCUGAAGUGGUCUGGGUGCCUAGAGUGGUCCUUUAAGAUCCUGAACAGCAGUCAGUCCAAGGCACACACUCCAAAGCUUGAUGUCUACUCGUCAAAAACUUGUAGCUGAAUGGAAAUUCUGAGCCCUGACCUAGAUCUAAAUCACGGUCAUUGACCAAAAAAUCCACAGAUGAGAAUAAAUUAGUGACAGGACCUGUCUGCCGUUAAAUACAAACUCUUUGCAACAAUAAAGGUAACAAAGGCAUCCUUAAAUCUUUUUAGAUUCAUUUUUUUUUUUUUUAUACUUUGCUUAAAACUGUAACUUUUUUGUAUUGGGAUCAGUUGAAAGAUUUUUAUUUUUUUUUAUUUUUUUUUUAAUCCAGUAAAUCUAGAUUUUCACUAUUUUGUUUAAGGACAGAAUGUCUUGUUUUCUUUUUUAUAUAUAUAUUUUUUUUUUCAAUUUAGUUUACUACUAACAAUGCCCAGAGUAAAAGGAUAAUGGAAUCUCUCAACUCAAGAAAAAUAUAAUAAUCCUGUAGUUAUCUCCUUGUGAAGUUAUUUAAAGAGCUUUACAUUAAAUGAUAUAACACAAAACACUGUUGUAAAUCAAUCCUUGUCAUCUGGUUAUUUGAAUGUGCUUUUUUUUUUUUUUUUUUAAAUAAAUCUAGCCAUGAUUUUAAGCAGUUCCAGUAAUUAUUACACAUGUUAUUGACUUUGCAGAAAGCAAAGAAGAAGAAAAUUGAAAAUGUGAAGCCUUCAGAUCUGGGGGUGGACAUUUCAAGUCGAAUCCAGAUUUUGAGUGUGGAAGAUCCUCCACAGAGACAGGCUGGGGUUAAAGUGGAGUCUGUAGAAGACCUUGUAUCCAAGCUGAAGGAAAGUGGGCACAUCUAGCAGGCAGAGGGUGAGUAUUACCGAUCAUGUCUUCUGAAAUUAAAGUAGCGCUACUGGCUGCCAAUAUUGCAUUUCAAAUAAUGCUGAAUUAAUAAAUAAAGAAACUUGGCCUUUGAAAUUCCUAUUUUGAUGCAAAUCCCCAGGGUUGCAGCUGUUCUCUUGUUUUCCCCCCUCCCCCCAAGGGCCAAGCACAUAAACCCCUGCUUAGCAUGCAUUUCUGAGAUCUAGAGUUCAGUACUCUGCAACUGUGUAAUUUAUCAGAAAGUGUUAACGGCACUAUUGCUCAAGCUGACAGCAGCCUUUUUCUGAUUGAAACUAUAAGCACGACUCUAGUUUCUUCUCAGAAAGUCGGGAUGGUACUUACAUAGCAUGUUCUGCACUAAAUAAAUAACAGACUGGUCAGGGCUGAGCUUAUUGUAGCAGCAAUUCUUGCAGAUUUCAGCAAUUAUCGAACAUUAAAGGCACACACACUGCUAUGGACACCAUCCUGCAGCUAAACCAAGGGCCAGAUCUCUUAAGAUGCUUAGAAUGUCCUUGUAAAUAUUGUCCUGCCAUUCAGUAACUGCAUGUUUCAACAAUGACUACUGGAAAAUAAUCUCUGCUCUUUUGGCAUUAGGAAUAAUGUUAUUUCUCACCUUCUGGGGCUUAAAGGGAAACUAUAGUCAUCCAGACCACUUCAGCUCAAUGAAGUGGUCUGGGUGCCAGGUCCCUCAGGUUUUAAAACUUCAGAUGUAAACAUAGCAGUUUCAGAGAAACUAUGUUUACAUAGCAGGCUUAAUCCAACCUCUAGUGGCUGUCUCCCUUCAGCGCCACGGGAGGGGGACCCUUAGGGCACUAUAGUGUCAGGAAAACUGCUUUGUUUUCCUGACACUAUACUAUAGUGAUCCUUUAAAGUGUACGAGUCAUGGGUAAUGUCAAUGGAGGAAUUCAAUUUCAUCUUUACCUAUUGUUAGUAAGUAUGUCAGUUUUUCAGAAAGGCUAAAGUCAGCUCUUCCUCUCCUCUUUGAAAACGUGGCAUACAGCGCUAUGAUGUGUGUUUGACGUAUAAUAGUAAUUUACGAUGUGUAAUCUAAUGCAUAGUUGUUUAACUCCAGAGUAAAUAGAGCUUGCGUGCAGUGAUGUGCUAUAUUAAUGCUAUGCCUCCUUCUGGAAUCCGUCAAAUUGUCUGUUAAUGGCAAAUGCACGUCCUGUUAAAAUAGUGGGACUUUACACACUUUGGUACAACAAAAGGAAUUGAGUCACACACCAGUGACCACAAAGCCAUCACGUCUGUGUCUUAAAGGAAUAUGUACUAUGCUUGGAAAGUACCUUUGUGCUUCCUAGAAAGGGGCAGUCCCACAGAUAGUGAGGAGCAAUAGGUGGAUGUUGCAGCUUGUGUAACAACUUCAAAACCAAUACGAUGGCGGCUGCCGCAGUGCUGGACUGGUGAUAGGUACAUCAGGUACAUUUAAUCUAGAAAGGAGUAAUCUCUCUUUCUUUUGCUGCAGCUGUAGUUUGACAGUAUGAGGGGAGGUGGUCGGCUUUUAUAACCAUUUUUAGACUUUUUACAGCCGCUAAAAAGCUGUUUAAAGGUAGGUUUAUCAGAAGCUGGGAUUUUCUUUGAAUGUAUAGGCUAGCUAUAAGCAUUUUAUUAUAUAUAGCAGCACAAUGUAUUGGCAGGUAUUACGUUGGUAAAUGAUGGUGUAAAAAAUAUUUAAUUUUUGUUUGAUGUCCUCUAACUGCUUUACAGGCUUUCACACAAUAAUGCUUUGCAACACAUACACAGGUCUGGCCAACCGGGACCCCAGGUGUCUGUGUUGUUUGGGGUCUUAUGAUUUGCGUCUUUUUUGGGUGACCCCCAUUGGCUUUAUACCUCUGAAUUUUGGGAUAUGUGGACCUAUUUAAAAACCCAAAUAAUGAUCGGAAAUGUAUUCGUAUUUAAUAGUUUUUUUUUUAUUUAUUAUGCAAAUAUCAGGGGAAGUGUGUCAAGAAAAAUAUUAUUGUAAAUAAAAUGUUUAUGAAAUGUUAUUUGCGUAUAUUACCAUAUAGGCAUUACUAUUGGCAUAUCAAUAAUGACAUAUAGGAGAAAACCGAUAUGGCUGCUUACAUUUGUGUAGGAUAACACUUGCCCCAUUAGACUUAUACUGGGGCAGCAUGUAGACCUAUAAAACGAAAAACAAAUAAUAGUGCAAUUCUUCUGUGUGGCAAGUACAAAUUAGUAUCUAAAGUGAGUAAAUAAAAAUUCACAUUUAAAGAAGCCUUUUAAAGAGAUACAGGCACUAUUCUGUGUGCCUUUGAGGUGGCAGCAUAAUCUUCUUCUUUUGCCACCUUAAGAGGUAAGUGUUACCCUGGACAAAUUAUUGCGCUGCACUUCACUCUCACUUUGUGUUUUAGGUGGGGUAUAUCACCUAAAAAGUUUUUAAUUUUUUUUUUUUUGUGUGUGUGUGUGUGUGAUCUAAAGAGUAUUCACUAGAGUGUUACAGCUGCUGAUAUAUAGCAAGCUGCAACUUCAUCCUCCUAUUAGGAAUUAUGGGAUGUCUUGUGCAUCUUUUUAUUGUUCGUGUAGCUCCCAACAUAAAAUAAGAGAACAUGACUGUGACGGUAGUCACCAUCACUGGGAGCACAAGACGGACACUUCAUGUAGGUCCCCAGAUGACUUUUAUGUUUGUCACCCUGUGCCCAUUAUAAGUGCUGGGUGUGUAAUAUUAUGUGUUAAAUGUCUUGUGUGCUCUCUACCAAUUAAGUGGAUUUGGCUGUGGAGCCUAUGUAGUGCCACCUGUUGGGUGCAACGGUUAUGUGCACACCUGAUUAUCAAGACUAGAUGAUUUGCAUAUUAUGGUUUCUGCAGACAGGGGACAUAUUUCUUGUUAGUCAUUGUCUUCCCCAUCCCUUUAUAAAUAUUUGAUUGUGCUAUUACGUGUGUCCCUGUGAUUCCGUAUAUGAUUAGGUUAUGUGUACUGAAUUGAGUGUGUCGCCAUAAGUUUAAUGCAAUUUUAAUAGGGGAUAAUCCUGAGUAAAAAUAUGUACUGUGUGGUAGUUCCAUUGGGAAUGACAUUCGAAUCCCAGUAACAGAGUUAUCGGACAUGUUGGCUAGAUGCACUGGUCCCUGAUCCUAUCAUCAUCUACAUAAUUUAAAGGUGGUGGAUUCACUAAUAAGUUCAAUGCAACAAAUACAAAUGUAUCUUUAAAGAUGUGGCAUUUGUAUCAAAAUGUGCCAUUAAUGGCUUACUGAACUUGUUUUUGUAAGAUUCAUCUAGAUAAAAGAUUGCUUAAAAAGCAAUGCAGGCAAACCGUGAUAUGAUGGAUAACAUUGAUUCGGAAAAAAUUCAUUUUUAUUCUUCUUAAGGUAAAAUUGAAAUAAGGUCAAUGUUUAUACAUUUUUGUCUUCAUCAAAUUCUUGAAAGUGUUGAACCUGUGAACUUUAUGGAUUUUCUCUUCAACUCGAUUAAGUACUUAGAACCAUCAAACUUUAAGAGGCUUUUAUUUUUUUUUUCUUCUUUAAAGAUUCACUCGUAAUUUUGAAAAAAGUAGCAUUCACUGGCUAAAUAAUACGAAGUUUCCUAGUAUGGCCUGACCCAUUCUACUUCUGUCUCUCUUAUAUAAUAUCUCCUAUAUCACUUUGCAGUAAAAGAAAAUUUCUCUUACUGUGCAGUGAUGUGUCAAACUCAUGGGGUGCAAUCUGUGCAGCUAGCGAGCGCCUAUCUAUUGUAAGAGGGCCAGAACUGGACAUAGUAUUUACAGAAUCCCUAGAACACUGGUGUUAAGAGUGUGUUCCCAGUUUGUCACUUUAUAAAAAUGCUAAUUUCAAUAGAGAUCAGCACUUUUAUAAAGUGACACGGUUUCUCCCUCGCAGCGCUCAGUUCGAUGGCUGAAAGGGUGCUCUUUGUGAUUGCUUUAUGCCCUAACAAAAAGCAGAAGGCAAUAAUAAACUGUUAAAUGUAUGUAGAACGCUGGAGUGUUGUAUGUAUUAUGCAGAAAACUGGAGUGUUCCUUUUAAAGAAUCCAGAAUUAUUUUUAAGUGGAUCCUCCUAAUCACUCGUGGUGAUUUCUAUUAAACCUUAUGCAGAGUUAAUGAGUUUCUCUUGACCACAGAUUAGACAAAUUAGUUCAAUUAGAACCAUUAAUAUGCCCACAUUCAUGCCUAUUGUAAUUCUAUAUAUAAUGGCUGGUUUAUUAUUUUAUUUUUUCUUAUAUUGAAUUAUAAAGUAAGUGGUUUAUUGGUAUAUUUAGAGAGUAUUCACUACUAAUAACAUUUUGUUUCUCCAAGUACUAUUUUUUUUUUUUUUGCAUGUUUAGACACUUUGUAAACUAACUUUGUAAGCUUCACUUCUAGACUUUUUUUUUAUUUUAUUUUUUUUAAAUUUUUUUUUUUUUUUUUUUAGGCUGAUUCAUAGCUUUAUUCUCUUCUUUUACAUACACUUUUUUUCCUCCUCCUCUCCCAACAGAUUACUUUUUAUAACUUGACUAACCUCCACCAUUAGGCAGGUUACAGACAGCACCCGUACUGAUGCCACACAAGUAUCUGUGUUUUUAUUGUUAAACACAAAUGAAUAGGAGUAAACUCCAGCAUUCUUAACUACUUCUGGACAAUGCUUUGGGAGAAGCAAUAUUUUAUAACCUGGAGCAACAAAUCUGAAUUAAAUACAGCUCAGAACUGUAUUUCCUGGAAUGCUGAAGGAAAUAAGAUGUCCUUGCUUUUGUGCGCUUGACCCUUUUUUACACUGCUAAAUGCUAUCAGGAGUUUGAUUUGUAAAGGGGGCAUUUGUGGCAUGUACUGCCAUCACCAUUUGGUGUUUUUGGUCUAAGAAAUGUAAGUGCUCUACAAAAUUGAACGUUCAAUAAAUAUUGCCAGAAUUGUUGAGUUGGAAAUAUAUCUGAUGGAGAAUAUUUACAAAGUGUUUCUACUUUAACAUAACAUUUGUCAUUUCAUAGUCCAUUCUCUAUAGUUCUUGGUGAAUAAACUGAUUUAACAAAAGUGCAAUAACUGGUCGAGAGAUAUAAUUUUCCCUGGGUGAACUCCACACUAUACUGUGUAUAAUCCAGAGAUGUAAACCAUUGUAUGGACCUUCUCAUUGGUCCAUGUCACGAUUUGGAUGCAGAUGUACAGUAGGUGCUGUGGAAACCAAAUCGAUUUCUUUCCUGUGCAGCUGUACCUUGCCUCCCCAAUUAGACAAUUAAUUAAUCUAACUCGGUAAUUGAAGUUGUCAUCUCCUGACGCGAAGUGCUCCUGCCAAGGGUGGGUGACUAGAAAAUGCCAUCAAUAUUUUGGUGCCUAAUUUGAUAAAAACAUAAUUUGAUAAAUAUGUUUUUAAUUAUGUUUGUGUUUACCGCAUUUUAAUGUGCCUGGCGUAUGCAUGCAGUGCCUCCAUUGACAGGAUGAACAAUCCAUCUUUUCAGACACGGCAAGUCGUCCUUUAUCUUAAAUGCCAGUCAUGGCAAGGAGGUGUAAAGUUUACUUUUAUUAUGAAACAUUACUCUAAAAUUUGCUGAAUCUUUUAUUCUAAAAUUAUUAUUAUUAUUAUUAUUACUGGCAUUUAUAAAGCGCCAACAAAUUCCACAGCGCUGUACAAUUGGGGAAAAAGACAAACAUAAUAAGAACAGACCGAUACAACAGGUAGAGGACCCUGCCCGUGAGCUUACAAUCUAAAGGUUGAAAUGGGGGUAUAAGACCAGAGGUAGCAGAGGAAUUUGUAUGUGAUGGCAGAGAGUUAAUGGUAUAACUGCAGCAGCUGACAAUAUGUGAAGGUAAUAGGGAGGUGAUUGGUGUGGUUCCAAACAGCUGGAGGUGCAUGCUAUAUAGUUAGAAGGAACCAGGGUGGGUGGGUAGAGCCGAGUAAAAUUAAAUGGCCUUCAUGUUGCAGGGAUGGAUGGUUUGGGUCUAAGGAAGAGAGUUAAGACAGUUACUUUACUUUAAAGGAAUUUACAACUGGGAGUGGCAAGCUGGGGCAGGAGGAAUGGAGCAGGCCAGCCAUUUCUUAUAAACAAUGAAAUAUUUGUUAACCAAAAUUCUAUCAGCCAGAUUAACUACAUGUAACAGUACAAAAAUUUACAGUAAUAAACUAUAUGUAACAAUGGUAGCAUCAUUAUAAUAAAAUAAUAAUCUAGUAACAAAAUGAAAGAAGUCCAGUUGAAUAUCUUCUGCAUCUGUUUGUACCUUUUUAAAGCCGCAGUGUUCAAAAUUAAAUGGCCUUCAUGUUGCAGGAAUGGAUGGUUUGAGUCUCUCAAAAUGUAUUUUGGAAAAAAAAAAAUCAAUCGGUAUUUCUUUUGAUUGCCUUUGUAAAGGUGUAACAUGUCAUACAUGUGGUCUGCUUCGGGUAAAUUUUAACCCCUUAAGGACACAUGACAUGUGUGACCUGUCAUGAUUCCCUUUUAUUCCAUAAGUUUGGUCCUUAGGGGGUUAAUAUAAUAUUCGUACUGUGCGUUCUAAAUAGGCAGGCUUUGCAUAGAUGGUUACCUGUGUAAAAUGUGACUCUUUAUCUCUGAUGUGAUCUGCCCAUGCCUUGGCACUGCCUAGCAUGCUAACACAUUCAUGGUGCAUCAGUUUCAACAGCAGAGGUGCGAAGACAAAUCUGUGUGUGUGUGUGUAGGGGAGGGGGGGUGGGGGGGGAUAAUCUUUACAUUUGAUAUUUUGUCAAUCUAUAGAUAAAUCUGGCCUAAUGAAGUGAUACCCUGUCAUGUUUACAUUCCUGACGCAGAUUUUAGCUCUUGAUUCUUGCCAUACACUAAACCUAGUUGCUGUCCAUCGGGAAGUUAGAUAACUUCCAAUGAAUAAUUCUUGCACUGAUUUUGCUUUUAGAGUCCUUUCUGCUAUCUGAAAUUUUUCCUAUGGUUGACUGGUCUGGGGCAGCUUAUGAUGGGCAGACAAUUAAUGACAUGACUGGUUGGAAAAGUUCCUUCCUAUGCCGGUUUCCUGUUUAAAGUCUCUGAGCUCUGUCGUAUGGGCAGUUGUUUUUGGAGCAAUCAUGACUGCACUUGAGUUAUUACAUCUGUCAGCAGUGGUCGUGAAUAUCCUACUAAUCCACGUGUUAAAAAGGGUGUCCACAAAGCUUUCAGCAUGUAUUGUAUAUUUGUGAUUCAGCAAUGCAAAUAUCAACACUGAAAAUGUAUAUUGUUGUUCCCAUAUUUGUUUAUGUAUAUUUUCAGCCUUGUGGGAUUAUUAAAUAACUGGUUCUAGAACCCCCCAUUUUAGUGGUUUUGUGGUUAGUUUGCAGUGCAUUGGUCAUUGCUGUUGGGAGGGCAGUCAGGUUGACCCCAGCCAUAUAACCAGUUAGAUUUGCUUUUUAAGGAGCUAGUCAUUAAAAAUAUUGGAGUGAAAUCUUGCCUCUCCAAUAUAAAAUCCACAUAAUAUUAGUGUAUCACUUACUUUUUUUUUUUUCUGUCACUUUUUUUUUCAUUCCUUUGACAGUUUCUUACAUGGAGACGUUAGAUGGGUUCACGAGGCCAGUCUCUCUAUUCUCACACAUUCUUGGCUGUCUUAUCUGAUGACCACAAUCCCUACUCCAUUCUCACAAAUGAGCACCCAGUGUGCUGCGUCACCCCUCCUCUCCUAUCGCGAGCAGUUAGCAUGGCAGACAGAGUGAAGGGACACAUGGCACCCUGAUUUGUCACCUGUCAUGCAGAAACCGAGAUAGGAGCAGAAUUCCCAGCGUACGUUCUGUGAUAACAUCCGCAGGAUCCUUGUCACAUCUGUUCCCCCUCUGCUUAGCCUGACCCUACAAGACUGCUCCUUGCGGCUCUAAUUUUGUGAGCACAGCAUGAAGAAUAUAGAAAUACUAAAACUGACAACUGCUUAACCCACUUAACACAGGAUAAUGAGAGAAGCGGUGCGCACCAGACAUUUCGAUUCAUAUGCAGUUGUGAAGGAAUAAUGUGGGCCUUGUUUAACACAUUCAGGAUACGGGUUAGGCAGAUCCAGUUAUAUCAUGACAAACAUUGUGUGUCAUUAGUUGUUAAAGAGUAAAGUUCCACAAUCCAUGAGUUGAAUUUGGUUUUUAAGGCAGGCGGCAAUGAAUAAAAGAUAAAAAAAAAGUUUUUACAUUUUACUUUUAUUUGUUUUAUGCUCCUAACUUAAUUUUUUUUUUGGCCUCCUAUAUGUAAAAAUUGCCUAAAUUGCUAUUUUUUUUUUAUUUUUAACACUCUUGUAUUGCCGUACCUCUUAAUGCAGGAUUGUGUAGGACUACCAAGCCACUAGCAUUCAUAAUUCAUACACUGUUUGCAUUAAAAAUAAUAAUCCUUUGUCAAUUGCACAUACUGCUGGGCAGUCCAUUCUCUCUGCCACUAUUCAGUGUGUGGAAUAUGUUGGCAGCCAUUUUUAAAUGGAAAAUCUUGGAACCCUGGUGGAGUAUGUUACAUGUUUGCAGGAAUUAAUUCAGACCUUUUUAUCAUCACUUUUAGAUAUGUGUAAAAGGUUGUGACCUUUGUGGUGUGUGGUUGUGACUCAUGAAUGAGACAUUUGUGGUGUGCGGUUGUAUUUCUCUUAAGUGCUUGUGAUCUGUCAUCUGUGCAUGCGAAGCGGUUCAAAGUAGGGAGAGCAGUGGAUUACGUUACUUGCAACAUGGCAGUAUGGUAAACCACUUCCUGUCUGUGGCUUGAAAGAAGGUUUGAGGCCAAUUUAAUGCAGACAGACAACUUGCGUAGAGAUUAGUUUAUUUUUAGUGAACUGCGAGUUUCAUAAUUUGACUUGUACUUUCUGUUAAUUAGAACAAACAAGAGACUGCGCAAAAAGUUGCUGUGUGCACACCAAGGUGCUACUUGUAUUUUUUGGAGGGACAGAAUAUCACAAACGUUUCGGGUAUUCCCUUUCUCAAUGCACCAUGUCCCUCCAAAUACACAGUGCACAAAAAUAGUAAUCACAAUAUACAUAAAAUAUAUGCAAAAAGUAUAUACAGAGAGUCUAGCCCUACCCAGAGUGGAAACACGUAGGAUCUAAACAAAGAACCUUCCACAAAGUAGUGGGGAAUAGAUGGAGACAGGAGCACUGUAGCAGAGAGGAAUGCUCUACAAAAAAUAGCUAAGUAGACCAUAGGGAGAAACCGAAGGUAAACAUUAGAGGGUGAAAAUACUUAGACUCGCAAAAAGUAACGCAUCUACAGGAACCAGUGCCAUUCAAGCUUCUCAUUGAGACCAUGAGGGGCCACUGUAUCCAGUAGGUAUGUCCAACGUGCUUCUUUUUGAAGAAGAAUCUUUUCCCUAUUGCCUCCUCUCAUUAGAGGGAGUACCCUUUCAAGGACCUGGUACCUGAGUUGAUACGUUGUGUCUCAUUUCCCUAAAGUGUCGAGCUACAUGGGUGUCUGCUGUAGGACUACGGAUAGUGAUUUUGUGAGAUGCGGUUUAUUAAUGCAUGUAUGGUUUUGCCAACAUAACCUAAACCACAUGGGCAUUUAAGAAAAUAAACAAUGAAAUCAGUAUGACAGGUGAAGAAACCUGAGUUUUGUUUACCUGUCCUCGAGUGUGUGCAGCAUUCCCACUUGAUAAUGCCACUGCAAUGAUUGCAGUAAAGGCCAGGGGUAGGUACCAAAAAUGGAUUUGGACAAAAAAGUCUGUUUACUUGGAAUAAAGCUGUCCGCUUUUACUACAGUGUUACGUAUUGUACGUCCCCCCCAAUGUGCAAAUCUAGGGGAUCUUUGAAAAGAUGGCCGAUCUGUUUAUCAAGCUGUAAAAUGUGCCAGUUUUUACAUACAAGGUCCUGGAUUUGAGAAGAGAAUGGUGAAUAUGUACUUGCAUAAGGGAUUCUGUUAGUCUUAGAUGUGAAGGCUCUGUUCAAGGCUUUGGCUUUAUGUUUAGAAGCUUGAAGAAGUCGUGGGUUGUACCCUUUCUCAAUAAAUGUUUCUGACGUGUAAGACGCCUGUCCAACAUACUUUCAUUACUGGCGAUUCUGCAAACUCUGAGAAAUUGUCCGUAGGGGAUAGAACAGAGCUGUUUAGAAGGAUGAAAACUGUGCAUUUAGAAGGCUAGUAGAGACCGUUGAUCUAGAGAAUAGAUGAGUGCUCAAGCUGUCAGAGGAUUUGUCAACAAGAACAUCCAAAAAACUCACAUUUUGCAUAUUUAUUUAUGUGGUAAUUUUGUUCUCUGAGUGGCACUGGUUGAGGUACUGUAUGAAAGCGUCCAGGUCUAUCCUGGAUCCUCUCCAAAUCAAGAAGCAAUCACAUAUGUACCUCAACCGGGUCACUGCAUGCACUUAAAAAGGGGUGUGGGGGUACAGGAAGUUGUCCUCGAAUUCCAUCAUGAACAAAUUGGCGGAUGAGGGUGCAAUAUUCGCCCCCAUCGCUGUACCUUUAAGUUGUUCAUAGUAUAUAGUCCUAUACCUGAAGUUCUUUUUAAGAACAAUCUAUAGUAAAGUUGUCACAAAAUCACAGAAUUUUUGUUCAUGAAGGACCCUUGACAGUCUCUUCCGUCCCACCAAUAAUCCUUACUCGUGUGGAGUGGAUGUGUAAAGGUUUGAAACAUCCAAUGUAACCAACCAGUCAGUGGGUUCUAUUCUCAAGUUGCGUAUCUUAGUCAGGAAGUCUUUAGUGUCCUUUAUGUAUGAUUUUGCCAAGGUCACCAGUGGUUGGAGGAACUGAUCAAUAUACAUUGCCAAUGGCUGAAAGAUUGAAUCAGUGCCUGCAGCUAUUGGUCGCCUAGGAGGGCUUGUAGCAUUCUUAUGAACUUUUGGUAAAGUAUAGAAGACUGGUGUAACUGGAAACUUGUUUCACAAAAAACACAAAAAAAGAGUACUGUGAUGGGGUAAUGUGUUUUAUUAUCCAGGGCCUGGUCUAGGACAGAAGUUAUGAUCUUAGAUUGAGAGUUUGUUCUGUCAAGCAGCUGCCUCAUAAUUUCUGUAUGAUUAUUUUUGUCCUAUAUUACUAUCAAACCACUUUUGUCAGCCGGCUUGAUAACAAUCUCCGGGUUCUGGGACAACUCUUUAAGGGUUUUGUUUCUAUUUCAGGGAGAUGUUAUGUUUAAUUUCUUGAUUAUGCCAUGGUAGCUGCUCAACUUUGGAUCUCAUUAAAUUUGUGAAUGUUUGUACUGAACUGUUUGGUACUAAAGGAAAGAAAGUGCUUUUGUGUCUACAAACCUCCAAGGGAACCUGAGACUCUUGGGAUCCUGAAGAUCCACAUGCACCAUGCGGCUGGGUCGUUAUCUUGUUGCUGCUGCUGGCUUUUGCUGGACUGGGGUUGUUGAUCUCUAGAACGAAAACAGAACAUACUUUAUGUUCUGCAAACUCAACAACUACACAACCAAAGUAACAAAAGGGGAAAAAAAAUGCAUCCUGUAGAAAUUUGAGAACACGUUUAACACCUUUGAUGUUUUGUAGCAAAUUUUAUACAAUUUGAAUAAUUUCUCGCCUCUGGACAAAGUUGGCAAUCUUCAGAUUUGUAAAAAAAAAAUUUUAUUAUAUAUAUUUAAAAAAAAAAAAGGCAAUUUUCAGAUUUUAGGAUAACGAUAUGAGGAAGCGUGUUUUGAAACAUUUGGUGAACCUAAUAAUUGAGACAUUUAAAAACAUGUCAGUGCUAUACCAUCCAUGUAGCAUAUCAAGGUCAGGGACCGGAUUAAUGAGAGUUGCUGGGAUUUGUGGCUGCAGCCUGGGAGUGUAACUCCCAUUGAUCACUAGCAGACUGCAAGCAUUCAUUAGUCAUUCAACCUCCAAGUAUAUACAAUACCAACAAAUUCUGCUGUGUAGGAUGCACUAAGUAAAGGGUACAACCAUCGCAAUACUUCAAAUCCUAUUAGCCAGGCUUGUAAGUUACUUACUGCUACAAAUGUACGCAAACUGCAGUUUGUUUGCACCAUUGAGCGGCGGAAGUGUUGAAUGCUGAGGUUUUAUGCACAUUCUAUUUUUAACUUCCUUGUCGGUGUCCUUCAUUAUCUUCGUCAUCCAUUAUUUGGGUGCUACUUUGUCAUUAUGAAGCCCCUACCCAUAGCCAGCAGGUGAAGGUCUCACCUGAUGUCUGUAGAGCUGGGCCUUUCCAUGCACUGAUCACAGGAGACAAGACACAUGAUUAUGGCUUCACUAUAGCUAUUAUAUUAUAGCUAUUUGGAAUGUGAGUUAUAGAAAAGGCCUGGACAGCCGCUUCAUACACUCGAAAGAACGGUUUCUAGAGCCUCGAGCCCCCAAUGGCUCCACUCUGGAUAAAACCUACUUGGAUAAUUAUUUUAAACUUCCUUGUAAGGGCUGUGUUUUCCUUCAUUGAGAGCAAGGGGAAAUUUUUUAAGCCUAAAUAUACAUUGUUUUCUUUGAAUUAAAAGGGAUGGGACAGGUUUAGACCCAAGUAAUGUGUAAGGUGUUUAACAGACUAAAACUGAAAUGCUUUGGUUAGACUAGUGGUAGACCACCUUCGGAACUUCAGAUUUUGUGGACGAAAUCUGCCAUGAUGCUAUGCAAUGAGGGAAUGGACUUGAAUGGAUUGAAUCUGAAUGAAUUGUAAAGGAGAAGGGACUUGUUUCAGCAAUAUUUAGUUGGAUGUGACUGGACCAUAUGAGGGAAUUGGUUUGAUCCAGAUGACUAAAUCAGAGCUAGUGUGAUAUGUCACAAAUGGUAAAUAGACUUUAUGAAAAUGAUAAGGAAGUUACACAUAAUAUUACCAAAUAUAUCCAAACAUAUCUUUGCAUUAUCCAGAGGUACAUAAUUCUGUUUAGAGACACCUGUAUAACAGUCCUAACCACCAGUUUUUUAAUUUUCACUUUGUUAGUGUUUUCUUUUGCCUCCAAGACCUGCCCAUUUGUGCAUGUAAUCCACAAAAUAUAGAAAGGAGGAAAGUAAGGGAGAUGGGGGUCAUGUAACUGGGUAUUUGAUGAACCAUACAAAUGUUGUUUUUUUUUUUCCAAAAGCACUUGCAAACUGGCUUUGACCUUUCACUCCUGUAUCACUAAACUAAGCGGACCCUGGACACAGCAGAUUGCACAUCACAAAUGUUGACACACUGGAUCAAUUUGUCAGAAUUUUUUGUCGAGCAGAAUUAUAGGGGGAUGCCCUUUACCUUUAAUAAAUUACAGUGCUAGUCUAUGGUCAUUGAUUAAAGAGGUGAAAAAUCUUACAGCAAGAAUAGCUCUCUAUUUAAAUUACAAAAAAAUAUAGAAAUUUACACGACUGCUACACCACAAAAACAAAUACUAUGCAAGAUAGUUGCUUAAUAGCAAUGCCUUUUCCUGUGGAAUAGGAGAAAUUUCAGUGUAUUAUUUUGGUAGCAGGGGAAACCUAAAGGGUUACUGAAGGAAUUAGAACUACUACAGCUCAGGAAUACGCUGGUGCAAUUCCCCGGUAAUGGGGUCAGAACUGCAGAAGCUAGAUGCUGUUGUGCGCUCAGUCAGUGUAUGACACUAUGUGCGAAGAAUAAGCACUAUUCACAUUAUUGAGUUCAGAACAAGGAUUUUGGGCUAGCUAAUGACACAGCCGGUGGUUAAGUUAGAACUUGGGCACGUAGCCUUAAAGGGACAGGUCAGGGCUUAAGCUGAUAACUAAUGGUUUUUAGCUACAAACUCUGGAAGACUGAGUCCGAUCACUCUGCCUUUGCACUUGUGAGGACUAUUGGCCCGACAGAAUUUUGCCAAAAUUUUGGAAGAUUAGAUGGGCAGAGUGGUUCUUAUCUGCCGCCACAUUCUAUGUUUCUAUACCUGGUCCUGAAGGGGUUAAAGAAUACGCGUGUCCUUUAAGACUUUGCUAAAUCAAGAGCCUGUCUUAUUGUGAGUGAUACCGAGCAUCCUGUUUUAAAAUCUCAGCAGUUUACCUUUUCAGGCAUUAUGAUGUGAAAUAUUGGGUCUUUUUGUCUGAAGUAAAUCUCUGUUUUAAUUUUCGCCGUGACCCCACCUUGUCACAUUUCUGCUUCGCUAAUCUCCGAGCUGUCAUAGCAUGUCUGUGAUCAGCGGAACUUUUCUGGAAGUAGUUUGAAAAUGCUGAUGUUUCUGUGCCGUAAGAUAAAGCUUUCUAAGCAGCAUCAGCUGGUUACUGACAUUACAUUCACCAGCUGUCUGCAACCCAACAUCGGGCAGCGAAGGAAAGUUCUGCAAACUGCACCACUCUCUUCAAAUACAUACCUGUUAAAAACAGAUUUAUUUUUUUUUAUCUCUAUUAAGCUUUUCAUAAGUUAUUUUCUUUUUUGAAAUUAAAAUAAGUUUAUUAUUUGCCAUAAUCAGUUCUUGGUGCCUGCCGCGGAGUCCAUCUUCCCCUCCAUUUCAACACCCACUCCCUGCAAGUAACACAAUUUCAUUAUUUUACACCUACUGCAGUCCUUCCUGUUACAUUCCUCUGUCCCACCCUUUAUCUCUGCACCUUUUUACAUCUCAGUUUGUCACACUUUCAUCACCGUCCCCCCUUGGACACCAAAGAACACCUUGGUCUUCUUGUUACAUCCCCCUCCUUUCAUUAUUGCUUUGGCUCCUAAUUUUAGCACAAUACUCUUAAUUCAUGGUUCUCAUUUUCCCAGUCCUAGUACCCAUACCUGCAAUGGGUCACCACCUUAACACUUUUGCUACCAAAGCAGAACAGACACGUUAAUUUUUGUGUAUUUUACAGUAUGAAAUUUAAUUCACUAAGCUUCACUCACCCUUAUUUAUACUGUAGAAAUGAUGACCAGCUUGCAGAGGAAUUAAUUUCUCUCCCAUAAACAAGUAAUCACUGAUAUAAUGCUUGCAGAGAAAGCUCACCCCCUGCUUCCAAACAGUAAAUGAUGUUUCCAUGGGCUAUAUCAUUCCUACAGUCAGAGAGAGGGAGCAGUGAAUAGACUCUACUGUUUCACUUUUUGCCCGGCAUUCCAGAGGUUUAUAAAGAUUGCAAUAGCAGUUUUAGAAACAUUUUAUUUUAAAAAUAUUAUAAUUUAACUAUUUACGGUAUUAGUGUAAUGUGUAGGCAUUAUGUUGUCACUUUCAGUAAACUGCUAGUAAUGCCUUCAGAGUCCUGCAAUUACUUAUGACAAAAUGGUCAAAUACCUUGUUUAGUCUUAUUGUGUGAAAUCUACGGUAUGUAAGAAUAUUAAAUUUUUGUUUGUAUACAGACAUUCCAGACUGUGGGAAAUGUUGCAAGAGAGAGGACACUUUUCAUAUUGUCAAUAAUUUCCCAUUUAUUUUGUAUAAAGGCUGAACAAACACAAAAUUAUUUUAUCUUCAUAUGCAAGCUAUGCAUUCCUUUAAAUAAAUGUUCUGCUAAUAUUGUACAGUCAGAAGUACUUGUUUAUGAAGGGGUUAACCACUUCUCACUCAAUAAUAAUUCUCCUUAGUUAGCAGAAUCAUCCUCCCGAUUGUACUAUCGGUUUAUGCAAACAGAGCUGGUAGAUUCAUGAUGAAAAAUAAAUACUUCUAUUGUAUCCCUUUAAGAAGACCCUGUUCUUUUGUGUGAAGCAAUUGUGAUUAGUGGUUAGGAUUGUUUAUUUUUGCGCUAAUACCCCUGUUUGUUUAGAAUCAUGAUGAAGCCUGAGGACCAGCUCCAAGAUGGAUAUAGUGCAUGUGAUGCCCCUUCAAGAAGUCAUGUGCCCCACUAUAGCCUCAUGCUGACAUCAUGCUCCUAGUAUCUGUCCAUUUGUAGCUGCUUUUCCUAUGUUUUGUCAUUGACCUUGCUUACAGAUGCAGGUUGAAAUAAAAACUUAGGUUGUUGUGAAUAAGGAAUAUCUGUUAAGGACUUUGGGCAACUGCCCAUUUUACCCUGCCUUAAAUAUAGCUAUUUAUUUGCUAGCUUGGCUGUUUUGGAUUCAGCAGUGUGCAGCUCCUCUAUGGGUUCUCCACAAUGCCUGAGAAUGAACAGAUCCUUUUAAAUAAAAUUAAAUGUAACCAUUUCUAACAAUUUAACUUGGAGUAUGUUAUGUUUAGAUGAUGUUGCGGAGUCUAAAGCAAUAGUAGCAACCCCCCCCCAAAAAAAAACAAACUAGAUACUCCGCCUCCACUGUAAAACAGGAUGAUUAAUCGCUUCUUAUCAUCUCUGGUCUACCAAACAGAAGUCAUUUCCCCAGGAAAACCAUAAAUUAAAGAACCAGUCUAAUAACCAACAUCAUUUCAUCUUAAUGAGAAAAUGUGUUUCUAAGAAAGGAAUUGUUUCCAUUUUGCCUUUUCUUCCCCUGCUAGUGUCUGCCAGACAACCACUAGGGGCUCUGGACUAAAUUAACUAAAUAAUUGAAUCUAUUUAGCAUCACCAUGCAAAGCAUUGCGUGUAUCCUCUGAGAAGUCUGAUUGGACAAAAGUCAUCAGGGCUUCCCUGGAGGAGGAUUAGACUGUAGUGAUGAGACUGCCCUAGCACUGGAAUAACCGGUUUCAUAGCAAGUUAAUAAAAAGGAGAGCUCAGUAACCUCAUAUUAAAAAGAGAUCUGUGUUCCUUUAAUGGUUUAUAUUUAAUGUAUUUGCAAGGGGAUUGGGUACUCGAAUGGUAUGUUCAAAGCUAACAUUUAGCUCUUUCUGUUUCAGGAUGCUGAAAAUCCAACUUGUUAAAUCAGAUUUCGUAACUGCAGGUUGUGAUAACACCUGGCCGAGCCGUCCCGAACACCCGCCGGUGCCUUUCUUCAGCACUGCCAGUCUCCGAUCACGAUUGUACAAACCUCUUUGUCCAGCCCCUCCAGGAGAGGGAGAGGGAUGAAGGACAGAAACUUCAGGGGAAAAAAGUCAACUACUUGUCUUUCCCUGUAAUUAAGCCACAUCUAUAAAUAAAUGUUUCUCCUUUGUACGUUCGGACUUUGAGUUUAACAGUGAUUAUUUAAUGGGGUCAUUGUGUAGGGGUUGGAACGAGCUGUGUACAGCUGUAGAAAGGAGUCUCUGUAUGAAAGCAUUGAUGUAGGAUGUUCUUUAAUAUACGGUGCUCUCAAUGCUUUACCUCUGUUAUUACACGUUAAUAAACCUAUUUGAAUGUGUUCCAAGGGGACGCUGAACUUGGA